AGGUAGUGUUUGGUUGUGCUGGAAGUGCUGGAGAGUUGAAGCACGAGUUAUCUCACAAAGUAUAUAAUAUGCUAUGUAUAAUGGUAAAAGUGGGGAAUAUGUGCAUCUGAUUGAGGGGCCCCGCAAAAAGGAGAAUCAACAAUACAACUCCAGCAAAUGUGGAAUCUCUCUUCGCGGAUCUGCCGUCUUUUCAGUAUCGAACCGGCUUUCGUGAGAAAUUGUUGAAGGUGUCCACAGUUGCACAAGUGUACCAGGUUUUUUUUCUUGGUGGCAUAAUCCACCCAUUUGGGAGGAUUUUUGUACUUUCCUUCGAUUGUUUCGGAGGAAAUUGUGAGGGUGUUUUUAGUGGAAAAAAGUCACACCUUUUUUGCGUGUGCAAAGAUGAAGUAGUGCUUUUGUCCCUGUGGAAAAGGUGAAAUUUGGGCGUGGGACAGAAGGGAAAAGAGAAAGGAAAUGUUUUCACCAACUGAAUUGAGAUGAAUUCUAUAUUCCUAUUGAUUGUGAAUACCGAGUGCCUUUGAAGAGAGGAGAAAGAUUUGUUUUUUUAUAUUGAUAAGAAAAGUUUUGUAUGACGUGGAGUGGUCAGAAGUUGAUCCCUGCAUUCCUAUGAGAAAUGGAUGAAAGUCGACGGUUUGACGAUAGGGAGAGCCCUGGACGGGGUGUAUGGCGAAGGAGGGGCCAUGGGGAUGAAAUUGACGGAGAAGUUGGACAGGUGCGUCGUCUCGUGGAGCGAUAUGAAGAAGAGCCCACGGUUGAGGAGACAGAAACAAUUGAAAGGACCUUUGAAGAGGGUGAAAUUGGUGGACAGACUCGUGUCUUCCACAUGGAAAAGGUCACAUUCCGGAAAUCUGUGAGACAGAUUGAAUUUACAAGGGAAGACUCAGGUUUGAGUUUCCCAUCGGAAUCCACAUUCCAGAGAACACCCGAAUCACCUCCAUCCACAUCGUGGAGCAGGGAGGAUUCGGCAUUCAAGUCCCAGACCUACAGCAGUAGCCCAUCGAAUGUUUCACCAUCGUUGGCCUCACCAAUUUCUCACGGUGCUGAUGACAGUGGUGGUUCAUGGCGCUUCCGAACAGGACACCAUCCAUUCCAUGCCACCGGUAGUGCAUCAAAAGUGGGAAUCGUAAGGAGUAUCUCACAGUAUGAUUCCCACAUCAAACAAAUUCGAGACGAACAAGAACGAGUACAGAAAAAGACAUUCGUAAAUUGGAUUAAUUCAUACUUAUCAAAGCGAGUUCCACCGCUUCGUGUAGAUGAUUUAAUUCAUGAUCUUAAGGAUGGCACGAAACUCCUGGCUCUGCUGGAAGUUCUCUCAGGAGAGAGAUUGCCAGUGGAGAAGGGACGUGUUUUGCGUAGACCACACUUUUUGAGUAAUGCCAAUACAGCUCUACAAUUUUUAGCCAGCAAACGCAUCAAACUUGUCAACAUUAAUCCUUCGGACUUGGUGGAUGGGAGACCACCGGUCGUACUUGGAUUGAUUUGGACAAUUAUAUUGUAUUUCCAGAUUGAGGAGAAUAGUCGUGCAUUGGAGUAUUUAGGACAUGGCCUCGGUGGUUCGCUGAGUUCAUUGGAUAGUGCCGGUGUUUCAACAACCCCAACUGAUGCAAAGGCCGAGAAAUGGCGACAAGGUGCCCGGAAUACGUUACUUCAGUGGGUGACAAAUGCAUUACCACGUGAUUCGGGCAUAGAGGUGAAGGACUUUGGUGCUAGUUGGCGCGAUGGAAUAGCCUUUUUGGCAUUGAUUGAUUCCAUCAAGACAAAUCUUGUGAAUAUUGCCGAAAUGAGAAAAGAAUCCAAUAAAACUCGUCUCAAUACAGCCUUCGAUGUGGCUGAGGCAAAAUUGGGCAUUGCUAGGAUUCUCGAUGCCGAAGAUGUGGAUGUGGAGAAGCCAGAUGAGAAGAGUAUCAUGACCUAUGUUGCUCAAUUUUUGCACAAGUAUCCGGAACCGAGAAAGCAAUCUGCUGGUCAUGAGACAACAAUUCAGCAGGAGUACAAUGAUUUUAUGAGAUGGUUGCAAGAGAGAACAAGUACAUUUGAAUCACUGAUUCAGGAGGAUCGUCUCUCCAGAAAUUUCAGUGAUUACUUAAAUGCAGACAGUGAGAAUAAAUCACAUCAGCCGUUGUACAAAAAAUUCCUGACAUUGACCAGUUCGAGGAAGAAUAUUCUUGGAGUGCCACAUGGUGCUCAUGAGAUGAUUCAGAGCCUUUGGGAGAAACUGGAACGUCAGAUGUUGUAUUGGCUGUGGAGUUUGGAUUUGAGAUUGCCGGGUAAUUUUAAGAUUGUCGGCAAAUGGCUGUGUGAUGCUGAAACUCUACUUAUGAAUGAUGAAAUACCAACGGCAAUGAAUGAGGAAACUGCCUCAAUAAUAAGUCGCAAAUUGGAAGAGCAUAAACAAUUCUUUGCCGAUUAUCCAAAUAUUAUGGAAGUGUUUCAGAAGACAAAGAGCUUCCCAUUGGAUUCUUCGGUGAAUCCUGAAGAGAUUGCCUUGAUGGAAAGGAGAUUGUAUGAUGUUGGACCAAAAGCUACUCAGAGGAGGAUUCGUUUGAAGUUCUUAGAGCACAAAUGUUGCUUGAUUGCUUUUCUGAAUCUCGUGGAGAAUAAGCUGAAGCUGUGGACGGCCAAGUGUGGACGUCAGGAGAAAGUUCAGCAACUUCUCGAUCAAUAUUCCAACUUUGUGUCACGCAAUAAGAUUUUCCAGGAGUUCAGUAAGGCCUUUGUGGAUAUGCAGCAAGUUGUGGAGGAGUACAAACGAGAUGGAAAUAUCACGAAGGAUGAUGUGGAAGAAAUUGAGAAGUUUAUGCAGGAAACAGAAGCAAGGUGGACUUCAGUGUCAAUGGAAUUGAGAUGUGCGCAGAAUAUGCUAGAAGAAGUGAUUGCAUACUGGAAGCGUUGGAAUUUGCUAACCAGUGAAUUUAUUCCAUGGUUGGGCGAUGCAGAGGUUCACGUUCAAAAAUCCGAAGAUGAAAGAUUGGAAUUUUUCCAGGACAUUGGUGUCUGGCGUGAGAAAUACCAAUUGAUUGUCGAUACGGGGAAUUUCCUUGCUGGUUCUUGCGAAGAUGAUAUCUCUGUUGAACUGAAGAGGGCCAUUAGUGACUUGACAUCUCGCUGGGAGAGACUCUUCGGUGCAACAAAGCACUAUGUUCAUGCAGGAGAUAUCCUCAAGAAUCGCCAGGAAUAUCGCAAUGGUCUGGAGAAAUUGAGCAAUUGGCUGAGGUAUGCUGAACAAGUUUUGCAGAACCAAUCUCUAGGAACGACGGAAGAGAUCAAAAAAUACGGAGAAGCCCUGCAGAAGCUUCAGAGUGAGAUUGAGGACAUUGAGGAACUCUUUAAGCACAUCAGCAAGGUUUUUCAGACACUCAUUCAGGAUCUGUCACGCGAAGAAGUGGACAAGAAUAUGGGUAUUCUGAAGAAGGAGAAGGAAGCAUUGGUUCGUGUUCGUGCAAUGAUUCCAUCUCGUUUGCAUCUCUUCCAUCAACUUCUUGUGCAACAUGAAUCCCUGGAGAGUGGCCAGAGGGAGAUCAGUGAAUGGCUCAAUGAGGCAGAGACUCUUCUCAGUUCCCUGUCUCUAGCUGGAGGUCGUGAUCAUUUGAACAGUGAACUCAAUCGUCACAAACUCUUCUUCACUCGAACGCUCUACUACAAAUCCAUGCUCGAGAGCAAGAACAAAGUGUUCCAGAACGUUCUGAAAUCCGUUACCACGGAGAAAAAUAUCGAUUGCAGCGAAGCCGUUGAUCGAAUGAAGGAGCUCAAUGAACGUUUUGAGUAUGUCACGAAGAAUGCCCAGCAAUGGGAGAACCGUUUGAAUGAGGCAGUUCGAUGUUGGCGCAAUUUCCGCGACAACGAACGUGUAAUCGUUCACUGGCUAAGCCAAGCCGAAGUUUUCCUCAGUGAACGUCCCAUGGAAGUCAAAGAGGUCAUCGAGACGCAGAAACUCUUCUUUGACACUCUCAAUGAGCGCUGGAUGAACGAACUCGUCCAAUCAGCCCAGGAUUUGCUAAAAUGUCUUCCAGUUCAAGAGCAACAAAUCAUAGUAAACGGCGUUGAAGGUCUUCAAGAGAGAUGGAAGAAUGUCCUAUCUGCCUUCCCCUAUCAUCUUCUCAAUCUAGAAUUCCGCGUCGAAGAAAACAAUUUCAAUCAAUACCUCAAAGAUGUCGAGAAGGAAGUCAAUCUUGAACAACAAGCCCUGAUCAACAACGAAGAUGUCGAUAUGAUCCUAAGAAGAAAUCAAGACUUCUUCAAGAUGACAGGAAGCGUGGGAAAAAUUGAAAAGUGCCUGGAAAAUAUGCAGAGAAUCACAGCGGCUUACAAUCAGAAUCAUCCAUCUGAGAGACAUUUUGCCGAUGCCACAGAAAAUGCCCUGAAACGCUGGUCACAGAUGACAGAGAAAAUCGAGGGAGUCAAGAAGAUGCUACACAAGAUUCCAGCUCAAUGGGAUCAGUAUCAUCAGAAGUUCCAGGAGAUGAUCAUCUGGAUGGACUCUGUGGAUGAAUCCCUGAAGAAUAUCACAACAGAAGUGGAUUCAAUGGAAGAAUUUGAAAGGGAGAGAGUUGUCUUCCAGAAAAUCUGCCAUGAUGCAGAUUCCAAGAGGGAGAACAUGAAGUGGCUAGUGAAGUGCCUAGACUCUCUCCUGCCAUAUGCUAGUGAGAGUGAAGCUGCUGAGGAGCAGAAGAAGUUGGAAAUGAUGAUUGCCCGCUAUAAAAAUCUCAUUCCAACAAUUGAGGUAACAAUGGUGCGUACUGAAAUUUUCUCAAAGUGUUACACAUAUCGCCGAGAGGUGCGUGAAAUUGUGACCCUGUUGAAUAAAGUUCGGGAUCAGACAUUGUCCGCUCAGCCACCUGAGAGUUUAGCACAAGUGAAUAAGAUGGUACAGGAGCAACAGUAUGCCAUCAAUCAACUUGAUCAGCAACGUCCCAAUAUCGUUUCGAUGUUGCAGCGUGGUAAGGAUCUCAGUAAAGAUGUUCACGCUCCAUCAUUUGUCACAGUCGAGGUAAAAUCACUGGAAUCGGGGUGGAAGGAGGCUUACAAUGAGUCCAUUGAUAAGCUUAAGACACUUAAGGAUACUCAGCAAGUUUGGAAUGAGUAUACCGAUCAGAAGAGUGAGAUUAUCAAUUUGCUGGGGAAUGCUGAAACUGAAUUGAGGUCCAUUACGCCUCUUCAGACGGAUCCUAAGAAUGUGAGUUCCGAUCUUAAGGCCAAGAGGGACUUGAAUGCGCAUUUGCAGCAUGUUUCUAAGCAAAUGAUUGAACGCCUUCGUGAGUUGUCGGAGAAUCUGAUUCCUCUGACGGCAACUGAGAAGCAACCACAGUUGUCCAAGGAUGUGGCAGAAUUGGAAAAACAAUUCUCCAGGACGAUGGAUCACGUGAAGGAGAGAGUUGAAUAUCUUGAGGAUUACAGUCACAAAUGGAAUGACUACAAAGAGAGAUUGGCCGAAUUGCAAGCAUGGGCAGCUCAGACUGCUCCUCAAUUGAUUGAAUCCCUUCAGUCUGUGGAUUUAACGCCUGAGGAAAAGACAGCUAAGAUGAUGUCUAUUCAGCAGAUGCUGAGUGAGAAGAUGCGUCAGCUUGAUCUUCUUGGGAGCGAUGCCAGUGAUUUGGCGCCCAAAGAAGGGAACAUGGGUGAGGCGAAACGCCUGAAAAAUGAAGUUCACAGACUUCAAGAGACAUUUAGUGCCAUCAGUCGGAAUUUCGAGAAUAAAUCCAACAUAAUUCAGCACGAUUUGACCAAUUGGCAGAAGUACCAGGCGGAGUUGAAGGAAAUCAAGCCACAAAUUGAAAAUAUUGAGAUUAAGAUGAAUGUCUCAGCGCCAAAACCUGUUUCACUCCAAGAGGCUGUUCUUCUUCAGCAACAGGCCAAACAAUUUGAAGUUGAAUGUGAAAAUCAACUGGGAAAAUUGCAAAAUGCCGCAGUAAUUAGUCAAAAUCUCAGUUGCAAGACAAAUGCACCGGAUGAGUUGGAUUCCAUCAAUUCCCGAUGGAAUUCUGUGCAUGAAAAUGCCAAGCAACAGAGAAAUAAGAUCGACAAAUUGGUAUCCAAUUGGCAGAGUUUCGAUUGCGAUGCUACAAAAUUGGAAACAUGGAUCAAUGACACGGAAAAGGUGAUUCAGAAGCGUCCGAAGAUACUGCAGACGCCACAAAUUGAGAAGUUGGAGAAGGAACUUAUCAAGUUAAAGUCGUACAACAAUGAAAUAUCUGAACAUCAAGCCAAGUUGAUGGCUCUCACUCAGAAUUCUGACAAUAUUGCCAUUUCUGUGGCACCAGAAGGAGCUUCGGCACUCAAGGAGCGUCUCAAUGUCAUGAAGCAGAGGAUUGGCAAUUUGUCUGAAGGUGUUCGGGACAAAAUCAAUGAAAUCAUGGAUGCUAUAAUGAGUCGUCAGGAUUUCAAUACUCAAUUGGCUGAGUUCUCCAAUUGGAUUGGGGAGACUCGGACCAAAGCCUUGCAAACGGACGAUAUCACAACGGAAAAGCUGGAAUAUGCAGCUCAGAUUGUCCAUGAACUACAACAAGACAGUGCAGAUAAGAAACCAAUGUUCAACAAGAUUUACAAUGAAGUUAAGUCGAUGGUGUUGGAAGCUGCACCUGAAGAUGCAACAGCUCUCAAUGAAGCUUAUACAUCUUUGGUGUCUGAUUACCAAGAACUCGAUACAAAUCUGGAGCAGAAGAGGAAAGCCCUUGAGAAGUGGAGAGAACUUCUAGGGUGGCUCAAUGAAACAAAUAGCCAUUUGGAACAUAUUCAGCAUCAAUUGGAAAGUCCAGAGAGCAAAAAUCGAGCCAAACUCGAGAGUAUCUUGGCGGAAAUUGAUGACAUUGCCAAGAGUGUGAGUGAAUGGAAGGGUCAACCUCAUCUAACGGAGGAAUUGUCGUGCCUGCAAGUUCGUGACAAAACUACAAGGAACAUUCUCAACCUUCCGCAACUGUUCAAUGCAGUUGAGACAAAAUUGGACGGUCUCAAAGCCAAGACGGUGGAUCAAAUUGAUACUUCGGAGAAGCAAACGAAACAGAAGGACAACUUUGCCAGUUUAGAGAAGUCCUUUGUGGACAAUUUGAACGAGGCACGAGCAAAACUCACUGAGAUUACAGCAACCAAGCUGACUCCUUCAAAUUUGGAACAUGUUCUCAAUGAACUCGUAAUUUUGGGUAGUACCCUCAAGAAUCAGUCUCCAAUGCGACAGAGGAUUCACGAUGCAGCUAACACCGUUAUGAGUGCAGAUAUUUCGGGGACCCAUCAAGUUCAGGAGGCUUUGCUCAUGAUGGAUCGAGAAUGGGAGAAUUUGAAUCAGGAAAUUGCUGAUAGAAUUGCCAAUUAUCGAGUGAUUUACAAUGCCAUGAAGGAAUAUGUUGAUGCUAAGGAUAGGUUUUCGCGUGAAAUGGGCAAAGCUGUUCAAAUGGCCAAUCUGAUUCCCGUUGACGUAGCUGAUGAAGAAAAUAUCAUUCACGCUUCAGAAGCAUCGAAGAAAUCAUUGGAGUUUGUGCGCAAAUGCAAGGCACCUCUGGAUGAACUGGAGAAAAAGAGUAGUCAAUUGCUAAAGCUCUUUGAGACACCCUACCAAUCCCAACCCGAAGAAGUUGUAGAGGUAGUCGAUGAUGCUCAUAAACAGUAUCAAGCGGUACUUGACAAUGUUGCCCAGAAAGCUAAGUCAUUUGAAACCGAGAGUGCUCUGUGGAAGCAAAUUGAUCUACUGAAAAAUGAACUAUUCCCAUGGCUCAGUGAUACCAAUCAGAAUCUCUGUGAUUCCGCCAAGAAUAUUCAGGAACUUGAGCAUAGUGCUGUCCGAUUGAAUAAAUACAAAAAUGAACUACCUCACUAUACUUCCCUGAAGAAUGAACUCUGUGAAAAGAUUGAACAGUUGAAAGAGCUCAAACAGGAAGAUCUUCCAAUUUUAGGAAGUCUAGUUUCUUCAGUCGAAGAUCAGUUUAACACUGUGGAAAACAAUGCUAAACAUUUGGAAGCAAUGGCUCAAACAUUGAAUGCCCAAGAGAAAGAGAUUCGUACGUGCAUCAAACUCUUUGGGGAAGCUGUCAACAAGAUCCGUGAAGCCCUUAUCAAAUGUGAUGAUAUGUCUGGUGAUACAACUAAAAUUAUUGAACGCAUUAAGACGUGUGAUAUUUUAAAGCAAGAACUCACAAAUUGUGGAGAUGAAAUUAGUCAUUUAGCAAGUCGUGUGGCAGAAAUGCAGGAAAUUCAUCCUUCAAUUGCCAAUUCAAUAAUUCCCAAGGAGCUCAAUAAUGUUCAGAAGAGGUACGAGAGUGUACAGGCCAAUGCCAAUAAAAUUGAAGAGACUCUCCUGCAGUUCCUCAAGAAACUCCAUGCUGAUAAAAUUGAUAUUCUACGACGAAUGAUUGGGACACAGAAAGAGAAGAUUUCCUGGUGUCUACCUGAACCUGGGAGUGACAAGUACAACUUGGAAGUGAAGAAGGCUGCUCUAAAUGAUAUUCAGAGGAGUAUCGGGGACAUUGAGAUACGUGACGUUGAUCUGAAGAAUUCCCUGAAAUUGCUGGAGAACAUCGCUGUUGAUGACAGUCUCAAAAAAUUAAUUGGUGAACAUGAUAAUUUAGUGAAGGAACUAGAGGAGCUGAAAGAAAAUUGCGGAAAAACUCGUGAUAUCCUUCUGGAAAAUGUCACCGAGUGGGAAGACUACGAAAAGGCUUCAGAAAGCAUAAUCUCUACGGUUAAGCAAAUAGAAGGAGACUUGAAGGAUGGUUGUGCUACACAAAUCAACCUGGCUACAAUUGACAACACCAUUGGGAAAAUUAAGUCCUACAAAGCAACUCUGGAAGACGUAGCUCCAAAAUUGCAACAGUUAGAACAGCUCGCAAAGGUUCUCAAUGAGAAGAAUCCCGAAGCAAGGCCAACACAAGUUGUCUCACAUCUGGGACAGAAGUACACUGCUGUUUUGAAACAAGUAGCCAAUCAGUUGACCAGGCACUCUGAUGUUAAGGCCAAUGGAGAGAACUUCAAUAAGAACUUAGAAGAAUGCAGAGACUGGCUCAAAAAUACCCAAGAAGCUUUCAAUGUUCUGUCUACGGAAUUGGCAAAGAGUGAAACUCCAAAGGUGAACUUGAUUGAUCAGAUCAAGUCUAUGAUUCCUGAACUAGAUGCAGGAAGAGCUCUCAUAGAUAAACUCAAUGAUUCCGGAGAGUCUCUUUGUUCUGUAACUACAUCAACAAAUCGUGAAUCCAUUCGGAAUGACAUCAAAUCGGUCAGGGAUGAUUUUGAUAAGUUGCACAAUGAUGUAGCAACUACACUGAAAAAUCUCGAGGGUAUUCUCAUCCAGAAAGCAUCUCUUGAAGAAAAUAUCACUCAAACCAGCCAAUGGUUGGCAGAUUCCCUGGCCAAGAUACCCGAAGAACUUGAAUUGGGAACGAAUUUGGCAGAGAAGAAGACCCUUCUGCAGAAAUACAAAACUCAGUUGAAAGACAUUGAACAUCAGAAGCAGAAUCUCAAUCGACUUAAAGCUAAGACGAGUAAUUUGGCUGAUAAGAGCCUUUCGGGGAAAGUAUCAAAGGAAAUUGCAGAGUUUGACAAAUUGUCUAAGCUCGUCAAGGGAAAGAUUGAAGUGUACAGUAAUCAUGUGCAGAAUCAUGAAUGUUACGAUGAGAUUCUAGAGAAGGCUUCAGAUUGGUUUGUUGCACUUAAAGUGACUGCCGUUGAUGUUCUCGAGGCGGAUAAGUUCGAAAAGGAAGCUACACAGGAAAAACGAAUGAUCAUUGAGAAUGUACUGGAGCAAGAACCCGAAGGUGAUGCAAUCUUCGAUACAUGCUUUGAGAAACUUCAGUCAAUUUUGCCCGAAACACAUCCAAAUGGACAUGAGGGAUUGUUGAAUACUUGUGCACAGCAGAAAAUGGCAUGGAAGGAAUUCAUUGACCAAUGCCGUGAAGCACUGAAGAAGCAUGAUCAGAAGUGCAGUCAACUGAAUGAGUUGCAAAAUAUCGUUGAAAACUGCGAUAAGUGGCUUAAGCAGAUGGAGAAUAUUGUGAAGGAUCAGAGUUUGAAGAAUGGUUUGGAAGCCAAGGAGCAACAUUUGAACAAUUUGAAAAAUCUCGCCAAUGAAAUUAGUGGUAAAUCUGCGGAAAUUGCAGAGAUCAAUGAGAAAGCACGUCAUAUUGAAAAUGAACCUGAAUUGGCUCUCAAGAUAUCCCGUCUCAAUACUCGAUGCCAGGCUGUGAAGAAUAGUUGCAAGGAUUCCAUAGGGAAGUACGAGAAUUACACAAAGGACCACAAAGAUUUCAAUGCGGAAUAUGAUAGCUUCAAGGCUAGUCUCGAGGAUACCGUAGCGAAGUUGAAUGAAAAUAGUGAGGUUGUUGGUGAUUUGGAAGUUCUUCAGGAGCGACUGAACAAGAUUAAGGAGUUGGCAGAUAAGCGGAUCCUCGAUAGUUCAAAGUUUGAGAGUAUCAUUGAGAAAGGUGAGAAGCUGUACACUCACACGAGUCCAGAUGGCAGGGAAAUUAUACGGCAGAGAUUGAGGAAUUUGAGAACGAUGUGGGAUGACUAUACUGAUGAUCUCAAUUCAGCCAUUCAGAAAUUAGAGCAAUGUCUUCUGCAAUUUGGUGAAUUCACCUUGAGUCAGGAGCAGUUGACAAAAUGGCUGAAGGAUGUGGAGAAAUCCAUGCAGAAUCACAUGGAACUGAAGAGUACGCUGCAGGAGAAGAAGGCUCAAUUGCAGAAUCAUCGCCUUAUGCAUCAGGAGAUCCUAUCACAUCAUCCACUUGUGGAGUCUGUUUGUGAUAAAGCUCAGCAUCUUGUGGAUCAGACAAAGGAUUCCUCACUCAAUCACUACUUCGAGUCCAUUAAGCAACUUUUUGAGAAUAUUGUGCAGAAAUCUGAAGAACUAAUGGCCAAUCUAGAGAACUGUGUUCAAAUUCACAAUAACUACAGCAUACUUCUUGCAAAUUUCAAGUCUUGGCUCAAUAAUGAGAAGGAAUUGGCUCUUGAGGCUGAUGAUAUUACAGGUGAGAAAUCUGAGGGUACCCGUCGGAUGAAUAUACUAGAUCAGCUUCAGAAGAAUAUCCCUAUUGGGGCAAAUGCUCUCAAAGGAUUGAAGGAGAACAUUGAGAUUGUUGGAAAGAGCACUUCGAGUGAGGGCAAGAAAGUUCUUCAGUCGGAAGUUGCAGAUCUGGAGAAUGCCUUCGAGGCACAUAUUGCCAACAUUGAGAGUUUAAAGGCAAAACAGGCAGCUGUGCUGUCUCAGUGGCAACAGUUUGAUGGUAAACUCGAAGAGUUGACGAAUUGGUGCAGAGGGAAAGAAACAAUCUUCAAGGUGGAACAUUUGCAGCCAUCGUUGGAGACAAAGGAAGACCAACUGAAGACGUUCAUAGAGGAACGCAAUGCAAUUGUGGAGAAACAGAAGGAUUUCGAUGAAUUUGUGGAUAUUUCACAUAGUUUGCAGGGUUCAAGUGGCACUGAGCGAAUUAAGACGCUAACAAUGCAACUACUCAAUCGGUACCAAUUAUUGCAAGUGUUGAGCAAGGAGGUGGUUAAUCGGUGGCAGGGUCUGGUUGAGGAUCACCGAAAGUAUGACAAUAAGAUGCGUGAAGUUCUCUCCCUGAUAAUACCCAUUGAGAAUAAACUAACCACCCUUGAUAGUCCUGAAUCCCUUGCGGACAAUCUAACUCUCCUUCAAUCACUAAUAGCUGAGAAAGAAGCUACCGAUGGCAUGAUAUCCUCCCUCAUUCCGCUUGGUGAAAAAAUCCUACCAGAUACUUUGGGUCAAGGUAGGGAGAAGAUCCGUCAAGAGUUGCGUGAUGUGCGUGAUCGUUGGGAUAGUAUGGAGGAACAUUUUAAAGAUUUACAGAAACGCCAACAAUCCCAAAAUAUGCAGUGGUCUAAUUACAAAGAUACUCUGCAACAGGCAAUACAGUGGCUCGAUGUCGUUGAAAAGGGUCUCCAGAAAGAUCAGGCAUCGGUGUCCACAACAAAUCAAGAGAUCAAGGCAAAAUUGAUGAAAUUAAAGAGUACAGGGCAGGAUAUUUCAGCUCAUAAGAGACUCAUUGAGGUGACAACCGAGAAGGCCAAUCAAUUGCUUCAAAUGGGUUCGGUGAAAGAACCUGAAGAAAUUAAAAAUGUUGUUGAUGACAUCAACAAUCGCUACAGCAAUGCCCAAGCUCAAUGCUCUAAAUUGCUAGGACAAUUGGAAAAAAUGUCAGAUAUAUUUCAAAUUUUCUCUGAACUUCACAAAGCUCAGCAGGACUAUCAGAAAAAUCUGUGGGACUCUCUUGCGACAUAUUCUGAUUUUUCAGGCAAUAAAGCCACCCUUCAGUCGCGUUUGGGUAAGUUGAAUGAAAUUGGUGAAUCCCUGCAGGAUAGUGAAGCAAAAUUGAAUGCAUUGGGUGAUCAUUUGAGGAACAAUGAAGAACUCAUUCAUGCACGAUCGAAAGAGAAUAUGAGUAGAGAUUUGGCCAAUUUGCGAUUUGACUUUGAGAAAUUCAAAUCGGCCCUGGGCGAUGUGAAGAGUGGCUUAGAGAGUAAAAUUGCCCAGUGGAGUCAAUUUGAUAGCAAUAUGGAACAAUUGUUGGAAUGGAUGUCUGACUCGGAAAUUUCUUUAAAGAACUACAGUCUGAAAUCGACAUUGGGUGAGAAACAGGAACAACUGACCAAGUAUAGGGAUUUGCUGAAGAAUCUCCAGCAACAUGAGAGUAACUUGGACAAUUUAACGGAUGAAUCAUCGGAAUUGAUUCAGGGAAGUGGUGAAGUUCGUCUUUCGGGCAAUAUUCAGCAGAUUAUCUCACGUUUCCAGUCAGUUCAGACGACAGCAAAGGAGAUUGUGAAGAAGUGUGAACAAGCUGUACAAGAUCAUGAAAUUUUCAAUGAUAAAUACAAGCAAUGUUCAGAUUGGCUAUCAUCGGCUCAGGUCAAAUACCAAGAAUGUCAGGAUCUAUCAACAGCUGGUUCUCAAGAAGAUCUCAUGGCUAAGUAUAAUUCUGUUCAGGAGCUUCUAUCCCAAAAUACCAAUGCUACUCUUCUUCUCAACAAUACAAUUGAAUUGGGAGAGAAACUCUAUCAGACAACAGCUCUCGAAGGCCGUGAGGCUAUUCGAGAGCAACUCCAAGAACUUCAAUUAGAAAUGGAGAAGUUGUUUGAUAAUUUGGGAACGCUCACAAGAGCUCUUCAGACAAAAUUGUCCAAAUGGUCAGGAUUUGAAGAAUGUUCCCAGAAUUUGGAUGACUAUCUGACCAAUAUGGAAGCACAAUUGAGUGAAAACUUGAUACUAAAAUCAACUCUCGAUGAAAAGAGAAUACAACUUCAGAACUAUCGUGAUAAUCUCACUGAUAUUCAGAAUCACAAACCCGAAAUGAUAAAUUUGAAGGAUUUAAUUGAGAAUCUACCUGAACAGAAUGAAACAAUUGAGAAUCAGUGUAAGAGUCUCGAGGAUAGAUACGGUAACUUGCUGAAAUUGGCACAGAAACACUUGGAGAGUUAUGUGAAUAUUGUAAAUGAUCAUCAAUUGUACUGCAAAGCUGUAAUGGAUACUCAAGAAUUUAUCGAAGCUGCACAUAACACAGUCAAUCUCUGGGGUGACUUGGAUGUUGAUCGUGUUUCCCUAGCAAGCAAUCUCGAUCGCCUAAAGAAAGUACAGCAAGAAUAUACCGAUGAAACGAGUCGAAUUAAUGAGAUUCGUUCAUUGGGUGAGAGAGUUCUUCCAGGAACUGCUGAGGAAGGUCAAGUGAAUGUUAAAACUCAAGUUGACAAUUCCCAACAAGAAUGGGAAGCAUUGGUAUCAUCUGUUCAAAAUGCCAUUGAUAAUGUAAUGGGAAAACUUCAGCAAUGGGAUGAAUAUGAGAAGCUGCGUGAUCAGUGUGUUGCAUGGAUUUCUGGAACAGAUAGUAAAUUGCAUGCUAUUGACUUAAAGACAACCAAGGCCGAAAAAAUUGAACAAUUGGAAGCCCUCAAAGAAUUGCAGGGUGAAGUACGGGCCAAAGAAUUAGAAAUUGAUAGUGUAACUGAGCGUGCUCAGUUGCUGUAUAAAGGAUUGGCAAGUUCCCGUAGUAGUCAAAUCUCAGAAUUAGUCCUUAAAUAUCAGCAGGUUUGUCUUAAGGUCAAAGAACUUCACUCUCGUUGGCAGCAAUAUGUAUCUGGUCAUCAGGAAUUCGACAAUAAACUCAAUGAUUGCAAUCAAUGGUUGGACAACAUUAAACAGAAACUUGACUACUGUUCGGAUCUUUCGGCGACAUCUCCGAAGGAUUUGGAAAAUAAAUUGGCCACCAUACAGGAUCUCCUCUUGCUCAAAGAUGAGGGAUUCGGUAAGGUACAAUCUGUCAUUGAGACAGCACAGAAUGUCUUGGCUAAUACUGCCCCAGCUGGUCAUGAGGCAAUCAAUAAGCUUCUGACAAAAUUACAAGAAGACUGGUCAAACUUAGCUCUUCGAAUGAUUGAUGUAAAGACCUCACUCGAUGAGUCAAUCAAUCAAUGGUCUGGCUUCCUUGAAGAAGUACAAAAUGUCAAUAAAACCGUCGAUUGGAUGGAGAAUGCAUACAAAGAAUUGUGUGACUAUCAAGCCACAAUGACGGAGAAACGUGCUAUGCUAGAAAGAAUUAAAAAUGCAGUUGAAAAGAUUCGUCUUGAACGAAUGGAUGUUGAUAUACUGAAAGCUAAAGCUAAAGAAAUGAUCGCUAGUGGUCAACAGAGUCUUGCUGCAAAUCAGGCUCAACAGAUUCUCGAUAAGUUUGAUCUGUUGUCGGACAAAAUGAACAAAUUGAUGAUUGAACGCGAAGAAGAGUAUCGCGAUCAUCGUCUAUACAAGGAAGCCUAUGAUGAUCUAUCAGCCUGGAUGGCAAGAGCUCGCGAUAAGUUCCCUUCGUUGAAACAACAAACGCUGAGCGAUAAACUUGCCAUUGAGAAUAUCUUGGCGCCUCUCGAAGCCCUGCUCAAUAAGCAACCUCAGGGUGAACUUCUUGUUGAACAUCUUCAACAUACAAGCGAAGUAGUCCUUGCAAGUACAUCAGAACCAGGGCAGGAAGUUAUCCGGCGAGAUAUUGCUGAACUUCGUGAGAACUUUGAGUCAAUGUUUAGAGAAAUAGCUCAGCAGAAAGACCAACUAGAAUCCACAGUGAUUCAAUGGCGAGACUACAAAGAAGAAUAUGAGAGGCUAUCUGAAUGGCUUCAACAAAUUGAUAUUCUCGUAAAGAAUCACAAACUAAAUCUUCUCGCUACUCUUCCUGAGAAGCAGAAGCAAGUGAAAGAAAUGGACGAAAUCCUUCAGAGACUGGAAAAGGGUAGAGAAGACAUUGAGAAGUUUAAUAAAUCAGCAGCUCCACUUUUGGCAUCGCAUUUGGACACUUACGUCAACAAUCAACUUAGACACCUCAAUUCACGCUUCCAAGUCCAAGUGAAUCUCGCCAAAGAUGUCUACAAGAAAGUCGAAACAAACUACGAGCAGCACAAAGAAUUCGAUGAGUGUGCAAAUAAUGCUCGCAAUUGGAUAGAAAAUGCCAAAGAAAUUAUUCGGGAAUGCAGUGAGGCUUCAAGCAGUUCAAAUAAGGAAACCCUUCAGCAGAAAUUGCAGCAGAUCACUGAUUUAAUAAGGCGCCGAGAAGAAGGUCAAAAUCUCGUUCAUACUACUGUUAACAAUGGCGAGAAAGUUUUGCGUAGUACACGAUCAGAUGGCAAAGAUGUGAUCAACAAUCAAAUCAAGGAAAUACAGAAUGAGUGGGAUCGUCUAGUGAAGAAGAUGUCAACGGUGAAAGUUCAUUUGGAGACGAGUCUUCUUCAGUGGGCAGAUUACAGUUCCAGCUAUUCUCAGUUGCAACAAUGGAUUUCUGAUCGUGAAGCUAAACUUCAGCAAGUUUGUGAGCAAAAAGUGGCUAAAUCGAAAAAAGGUCAACCAGGCUUGGCAUCCGGCCUCAGUGAGAGGAAAGCAAAUCUCCGACAGACUAAUAAUAUUGUUCAGGACAUUGUCUCCUUUGAGCCAAUGAUCCAAUCUGUCACAUCAAAAGCAUCAGAUUUGCAACAAGCAGUGCCAGCUUCAGAGAUAUCUUUCAAGUAUGAAAAUCUAAGUAAACAGGCCAAGGAUCUCUAUGAGAAACAGAAAGAAACAAUUGAGAAUCACCAGGCACUUAUUGAUGCUGGAAAUGAUUUUGCUCAGUGGUUGCGAAAUGCCAAGGAGCGCCUGAGCAAGAGUGCAGAACCAAUUGGUGAUAGAGAUACGUUGACCAAUAAGCUGGGGCAGAUUCGAAUGCUGCAGAAUGAAGUGAACGAUGAAGGUACUCCAAAACUCAAUAAAGUGUUGGAACAGGGAGAAAUUGCCUGUAGGAAUGCUGUUCCAAUCGAUCGAGAGAUCAUAGAGGAGGAAGUGGCCCUGCUCCAGGAGGAAUUUGACAACUUUGUAGAGAAUUUGAAGCAGGCAAAGCAGAGACUAGAAAUUGGAAUUGUAAAGUGGACUGAGUAUGAUGAUCAGUACAAAGAGGCCCUGGAUUGGCUCACCAAAACCGAAACUUUGGUGCAGUCCUACAAUAAGCUUCAGGAUAGCCUGGAGGAGAAGAAGAAUGUUCUUGAGCAAUUCCAAAAUCAUCUGCAAACAAUUUUUGACUGGCAGAGAGAAUUGGAUCAGCUCAAUAUUACAGCUCAGACCCUUUUGGAAAUUUGUGCUGAUACCCGUAUUAGCAAUGGUGUGACUCAACUUACGACAAAAUACAAUGCUCUACUGUCAAUUGCCAAAGAAGUUAUGCGAAGAUUGGAAUUGCACUAUCAAGAGCAUCAGCAGCAUCAAGCUCUGUAUGGGGAAUGUCAGGAUUGGGUUGAGGCAAUUCGUGACAAAUUGAAUGAGUGCCUCGAGGUACCAAAUACAAUAGCUGAGGUCAAUCACAAACUCAAUACCAUUCAGAAUAUCAAACAGUUGCUGGAGCAAGGUCAAAAUAAACUCAGGUAUACGAUUGAAUUGAAAGAGAAAGUGAUUAUGAAUACGGAGAUCAAUGGUGCGGCAAAGAUUCAAGAGAAUACGGAGAAUCUCAAGCAUGAAUUUGAGAAGUUGAUAUCGGAAAUUGGGGAUAUUAAGCAGAAGUUGACAAAUCGUGCUGCACAAUUGGAUGAUGUGAUGAAAUUGAUUAAGAUUCUCAAUGAUUGGUUGGAUGAAGUUGAACCCAAUUUGCAGCUAUCAGAUGCUUGUCUCAAUGAAUUGAGCGAGAAAAAGACAUGGUUGGAGAAGAAUCGUACACUCCAGAAGGAUAUGAUCACGUACAAUGAUACCAUUGAAAAGGUCAAGAAUAAGCUCAAAGAUGAUGAGAGCCUAGACAAGAAAGCAUUCGAUGAAUGCCUAAAACGCUUUGAGAAUUGUCAAGGAAUCAUUGCCAAGAACAUUGAGAAUUUGGAGAAUCAGGUGAAAUACCAUGAGAACUACAAGAUGGCUUAUGGUGAAAUUGCCGAAUGGAUUCGCAAGACAAAGAUGGACAUCCAACAUUGUUCAGAUUCCCAUGGUGAUAAGCCCCAAUUGCUGGAGAAACAGACGAAAUUGCGAGAGAUUGAACUGUCUCAGCCCGAAGGGAAGAUCCUCAUGGAGAACACGGUAGAAUUGAGUGGUCAAGUGAUUGCAACCAGUGGCCGAGAAGGGCAGGAUGUCAUCAAUCAGGAGAUCAAACAACUCAAAUCCGACUGGGAUGGUUUGCAAUUGGUCACAAAGCAGUCUCACGAUGGAUUAACCAAUUGCAUUGCCAUGUGGAAUAAAUUCACAGAGAAAUCCGAUCAAAUAGCCAAGUGGCUGCAGGAAUAUGAAGCAAAGAUCAAUCAAAUGGAAUCAGCAGGAGAAAUAACGACAAAUGAUUUAACAGCCUGCAAGAAAAUCCUGGAAGAUGUCCAGAAUCAGAGGGAAAAUAUGGAGGAUCUCAGUGAUUGCUGUGAGAUCCUAAUGGAACAGAGUGCAUGCACUUGGGUAAGAGAUAAGACUGUUGAUCUCCAAGGAAGAUACUCCAAUCUUCUCAACUCAGCCCAAGCCUUUGUUUCCAAAGCGGAGAAAUGUCUAGCAGACCAAACCAAUUUCCUCGUUUACAAAGAACAGAUGGAAAAAUGGAUUGCUGGCAAGGAAAGCACAAUCAAGGAAUGCACAAUGGUUGGAAAUGAAGCAACAACACGGCAAAAUCUCAAUUCCCUCAAUAAUGUGUAUAGUCGUCUUCCGGAAGGACAAUCCCUGUUUGUAAUUGUUCAAGAUGCAUUUACCAAGACACUGAGUGUUACUCCGUCUGAUAGACAGCCUGAAAUCCAGGUGGAAAUGGACAAAAUUCAAGAGACAUGGGAUAAAUUGAAUAAGAAUGUGAAUGAUGGUAUUGCCAAGGCAAAGAGCAAUCUCAUGAGAUGGGAGGAUUACAGGGAUUCGAAGAAUAAAUUUGAGAAAUGGAUCACUGACGUUGAAGCUACUUUGAAUGCUAAUGUUGAGAAUAGAGGGGAUCUGAGUGAGAUGAAGACACUCCAGGAGCGAUUUAAGAACAUCAAAGGAGACAUUCAAGCGAAAAAGAGUGAUCUGGAUCAUAUUCAGUCCGAGGCAAAGGAACUGAGUUCCUGGUCAAAGACUCCAAAUGAAAUUGAAGAUGCAAAUCAUUUGGUGAUUCGUUGGGAUCAUCUCAAUGCCAAAUGUGACUCAAUGAUCAAUGGUUUGCAGACGGAAAUUGAUGAUUACUUGUCAUAUCAUCAGAGUCUGCAGGAAACUGAAAAGUGGCUUCUGCAGGUAUCCUUCCAACUUAUGGCGCACAAUUCUCUCUACAUUACAAAUCGCGAACAAACUCAGGAACAAUUGAAUCAACAUGAAAUUCUUCUGGAUGAAAUUCAAAAGUAUCAGACCAAUUUGGAUGACCUCAAGGCAAAGGGGAAUAAUCAAAUAAGUCGCUAUGAACAUUGCAAUCCAUACAUCAAGAAUACCAUAGAGACCCACUUGAAAAAUGUCCAGGACAGUUACAAUUCUCUGUUGCUGACAUCCAUUCAGAUUAAGAAGCGCCUGGAGGAGAGUAUGGCGAAAUUCAAAGAGUACGAAGACACUCUGGAGGAUAUUCAGCAGCAAUUGAUCAAGAAUGAGGCAAUUAUGCCACCAGAAGAAGUCCCAAGUGAUCUUGAGACGUCAAAGAGUCAACUGAAAUUUGCACAGGAGCUGUACAGUGGACUCCAGAGGGAGAAGGGACGCUUAGCAGCAGCUGUGGCAGCUUGUGAAUCUGCAACGGCCAGUAUAAGUCGUCCAAGUUCACCCAUUGAGACUGCCAUGCAACCAAUUCCUGAAAAGGAGCUCAAAGUCCGCGCACAACUUGAAGAUCAAAUUGAUCAGAUCCAAACAUAUUUGGGGGAUCUUGUGAAAGCAAUUGCGGAAUUGGAACUGCUGGAGAAGCAGAGGAAUGAGUUGGAUGACUGGAUCAAUAAACAGCAGGCUAUUGUGUCCGAUUGGUUGUCUCGACCGUCCAAAUUGCGUAGCGAUGGUGCCAAGCAGGAAUUGGCGGCAAUGAAUGAUCUCCUGACGGCUAUCGGAGACAAACGAUCGCAACUUCUCACGGAAAUGUCAGGGCCACUUGAAGGUGAUGACGAGACGACCAAGAUUGAAGAGCGUCUUGACAAAUUGGAAGAUGAUCUAAUGGCAGCAAUUGCCAAGAAGAAAGAUGAUCAGGGUGUCAUUGAUGAGUAUAGAAAAUGCACUCAAGCUACUCAUGGCUGGAUUGAUGAAUUCAUUCAGCGCAUGGAUGUUUUGGACAGUGGAAGUGGCCUGAGUUGUAGUCAGAAACUUGCGACAAUUCAGAAGAUUCGUGAAGAAUUUGAAUCUGCAAGUCCUGGGAAAUUGGCGGCUUUUAAGGAUAUUGCCGGUAAAACAAUUGAAGUGAUUAGCAAUCUCGAUGCUCAACAAGUUGAGGAGCAAAUAAAGGGCAUUGAUAGGAGAUUUAAUGAUAUUUCCAAGAGGAUUAACAGGAAGAUUCAGGUGAUUGAGUCGACAAAUAAGGGAUUGGAAAAUUUGAAGAAUGACAUUGAUAAUUGUCACAAUUGGAUUAAGUCGUCAAUUGAGGAAUUGGGCAGUCCGGAGGAUAAAGGGCAGAAUGCCGAUGUGAAGUUGGCUCAUUUGAAGAAUCAACUGAAACAGGCCGAAGGGAAGCAACCGAUUAUUGAGACACUGGAGAAGAGACUCAAUAAUAUUCAGUCGGAAUUGGAGCCAAUUGAAGUGCUGCAGCUUCAGACGGAAAUUCAGAAUUUGAAGGCAGAUGAGCAGAAGCUCAAGGAACUCCUCAAGGCAGAAAUUGGUAGCUGUGGCAAGGAGAUUCAACUGAGGAAAGCCAUUGAUGAAAAUCUGGAGAAGGCUGAGGAAUGGCUGAAAGUCAAUAAGCCGGUCAUUGAGAGAGAAAAUCCACUUUCCGUGGCGGACCUUGAGGCCAAAUUGCAUGAAUACAAGAAACAUGAGGCUGAUCUGAAGGAGUUCAAGGAUGGAGUGCUCAGUGAUCUCGAUAAACAAUCAUCUGCUCUGUUUGCAUCGGUUCCGGAGCAAGAGAAAGAUGCCCUGAGGCAGAAAAUUCAACAAAUUCGCGGUGAAUUUGAUGGGGCUAAGAAAGAUGUUUCCAGUAAGGUAAAUGAACUAGUUGGCCUUGUUCCUGAUCGUCAGAAGUUCGAGGAUGCCCUCAAGGGUGUCACAAUGUGGUUGAGUGAGACGGAAGUGAGUACAUCGAGCCCGAUUAGAACGACAAAUCUGCCAACGUUGGAAGAACAAUUGGCAAAAUACAAGAAUUUAUCCAGAGAAUCCCAAGAAAUCCGUGGUACUAUUGGAAAAAUCACCGAUGAGGCAGCAAAUAUUUCGCAAUCCCUCACGCCUGGUGAUAAACAGAAACUUACCGAUCAGCUAAAGAGUGUCCGGGAUCGCUAUGACAAAGUGGCCAACUUGAUUGACGAUCGUCUGAAGUAUCUGGAGAAGCAUAUCAAGGAAUAUUUGGAAGCUAAGCAAAAAGUCACGGACUACAUUCAAUUUAUGGGAUUAAUUCAGGCUGAGAUUAAGAACCUCAAUAAGCCAGUUGGAAGUAAAAUUGAAGAUGUCCAGGAACUCUUGCAGUCCUAUGAGAAAAUCCUGUCAGAUUUGAAGGAUAGCAAGGCAAAGAUUGGAGAAAUUCAAGUGGAAAAUCUCCCAGAACUCCAGACUCUUGUAACUCAGCAGGAUGAUACAAUUCAGUUGAUUGAGGAUCAAUUGGCUCGGCUGCGGCAACUUCUACUGCUCCGGGAGCAAUUUAUUGCCCUCGUGAAUGAGAUUAUGACAUUCAUCAAAAAAUACACUGGAGUUGUGACGGACAUUGAAAAGUCCGGAGACUCAAUUGAAGACAAAAUCGCUCAAUACGAUGGAGUUAUUCUCAAGAUUCAAGAAUGCGAAGCUAUCCUCGCUUCCGCAGCGGAUAAAGGCAACAAAAUAGCUUCAGAGGGAACUGCAGCUGAUCGCAAUAGUAUCACAGAACAACUACAAUCCCUAAAAAUGCAACUCCAGAACCUCCGAAAACUCAUAGAAAGCCAAAAACAAAAGCACGAAAAUACCCUGGCUGAACACAGAAAAAUGCAAGAAAAUCUCAGUUCUCUCCUGGAUUGGUUGCAUCAGAAUGAAACCCAGGUGAAAUCUCGGCCACUACUCAACCGAGAUCCCAAUUGUGUAGAGAGAGAAAUUCAGAAUCAUCAUAUGUUGCGGAAAAAAAUUGAGAAGAAUCUCGAUGAAAUUCAAAAGAUCAAUGAUCAAGCAAGAAAUGAAGUGGGACUGCCGGGAUCACUACUGGAAAUGCUGUCAGAGAGUCGUCUGCUACUCACAACAUUGCCGGCUGAAUUGAAUGAUCGUGAAGAGUAUUUGCAGAAUAAUAAAAAAUAUCGUCUCGACUACCUGUUGCUCGUGUCAAAACUCAACAGUUGGCUGGAAGAAGUUGAAGUGCGACUGCAGAAUAGUAAGCACGGUAUCAAUUUUGAGAAUAUCGCCGGAGAUUUGGAAGAACACAAACUGUUCUUCGGCACAGAGCCCAUGAUGACGGAGCUAGUGACUGUGCAGAUUCAAGAAGCUGCAGAUAAAAUCUGGUCAUCACUCAAUAAUUCCGAACAGAAUGAUCUGUCCAAGGAAUUGCAGCAUCACAAACAAGUGUUCAAAAAUACAGUGAGUGCAGCAAAAUCCCAUCAAAAUCACCUGGAGGAAAAUUUAAAGUUGUGGAAAGAAUAUUGUGAGUGCUAUGAAAAAGUGAAUAAUCUCAUUGAGAGAUCAAAAUUGCCAGAAGAAAGUGUGGAAAAUUUGGGAGCGCUCAAUUUUAUUCUACAGAAAGUCAACCAUGCGCUAAAUGAUGUUCAGGCUAAAUCAGUGGAUGUUGAUGCUUUGAACGAAAAGGCACAAAUUAUUAAGAGAUUUGCCGAUGCAGAUAAUUUGGAGAAGAUUGAGUGGCAACAGAGUAAAAUUAAUGAAAAUUGGAAUAAUUUGAUAGUUGAUUUGAAACGUAGAAAAGAUUAUAUUGGUUCACUGUUGGAAAAUUGGGAGCAAUUGGACAAAAAGACCCAUUCACUUGAGACACAAUUGAGUCACAUUGGGGAGCAAUGUAAGCUCCUCGAUCCUGUUGUACGAUCGAGGAAGCAACUUGAGGAUAGUGAAGCAACACUUCAGGAUCUUGCAGCUAAAAUUGAUAAUUGUCGACCAUUGUGUGAGGAACUCAGUGAAUUGGCGGACACAGUGCAUGAUUUGCUUCAGAGGACGAAUCCUGCAUGUGCAAAAGGUGUCGAGGACACUGUGAAAACCCUCAACGAGUCACAUAAAAUACUUCAUAAGGCUAUUAAGGAUCGUGUGAACAAGAAUAAGGAAGCUCUAGAGUGGAUCAAGAGGCAGUAUUUGAAUAUUGUCGAUUUGCAGAAUCAAUUGAGGGAGUUGAAGGGUCGUGUGGUGGAAUUCUAUGUUUUUGGCGAAAAUCUCGAUCAGACUGAGAAUAAUUUGCGAGAUUUGAGAAAGUGUCUGAGUGACAAGGAUAGCGAAGUUAAGAAGUUUAUUAAGAAUUUGCGGGAUAACUAUACGAAUUCGCAGAAUUUCAUACCAACGGAUAUUGCGCAGGAAUUGACAACAUUGGAAUUGAUGUUGGAGCAAGUGCAUGAGGCGAUGGAGGAUAAGAUGCGGGACUUUAAGAAGGCCCGUACGGUACGAUCGGAGUAUUUGACGAAUGUGGAUGAGAUUCAGAAAUGGAUUUCAGGGGCAGAGGAUAAAAUUAAUAAUCAUGAAAUGGAACCUGCACAAUUUAAAGAUAUUCUGCAGAAACUCAAUCAGGAACAUGUUCUAGUCGGCGAUAGGCUCAAUUACGUACGCAAAAAUGGCCAAGUGAUAAUUGAUCAUAGUCAAAAUGAUGAGGAAAAGGGAUUGAUAGAGGCCACAGUGGAUCAAUUGGCGAAGCAAUUGGAUCAAAUUGGGAGUUUGUUGGCGGAAAAGAGGAAACAGGUGGAAAAUACUUUGGAUGGAUGGUCGAGAUUCUUGCAUUUGUACCAGCAAGUGAUGGAUUGGGUGAAGGAGAAGGGUUACUUCCUGGCAGAACCUCUGGAUAUUGUGACUCUGCAGCAGGCAAGGCAGAAAGCUGCAGAUUAUGCAGUUGCAGUGAAAAGUGUUAAGCCAAUUAAUAAGAAUUUGAGUGAGAUGGAUCGGGAAUUGGAGCAAAUAUCGGAGUUGACGACUGUCGGGGAGUUGAGGGACAAAUUGCAGGAGGCUGAAGAUUCAAAGGCUGUUGUUGAGGGAAGACUGUUGGAGAGGAAUGGACUGUUGCAGGAAACGUGCGAAGAAUGGGAACAGUGUGAGCGAAAGAUGAAGGAAGUCCGGGCGUGGAUUGAUAAGACCAAAAGUCAACUUGAAUCACCGCAGCAGCGCAAGAAGCCACUGAGGGAUCAAUUGGGAAUUCAUGAGAAGACACUGGCGGAUAUUUCAACGCAAAAGACUAAAAUUCACAUGUCCAUCGAGAAACUACAAGUGCAUUUCCGUGAACUUCCCAAUGUUGAUUCGCGAAUCCUCGAGGCAGCCAAUGAAAUUGUGGUACAGUUGGAUGAACUCCGUGAUCUGAUAAGGCAGAGAACACGCCAAAUUGAAGAGACACUCCAUCAGAUUGAUCUCUAUCAACAGAACAUUCAAUCUCUACGUCAGAAGGUCAUUCACGAAGAGCAGCAACUGCGUCACAUCUUGUCGCCAAGUUAUUUGGCACAUGAACGAGACCGAGCAGCCGCAGAGGAACAGGCACUGAGGACCUCCAUUGAAGGAAGUCAACACAAAAUUGACUCUUUCGUCACGCUGAUACGCCAACUGGAUCCCUAUAUUAAUUUACCAGUGGUAGUUGGAUGGGAAUCUGCACCGAGACCAACAUACGCUGAUGUCCUGUUUGGUCGGACGCAGAAACAGGAAAUUGCGUGGCAACAGCCACAACCAUCACAACAACCAUCUCAGACAAUUGACUUCCUGACCCAUGAGAGAGGAGUGACAGUGCCGGCAGAAGUGUUGCCAAGGCAGCACGCAAUAGUGGACGUAGUUGAGCAAGUGCCAAUAGUGGAGAAGAGUGAGAAUGUGGUGAAUCACACGGUAUCUGAAAUUGUGCCAGAAAUAAUUGUGCAGAAAACGCAAGUGUUAGAAAUAUCACGUCAAUCGAGAUCACCAAAUAGAAUAAUAGUGUCAGAAGAAUUAAAAUCUGUGCAACCAUCAGUGAAUGUUGAGCUACUUGACGCGUCGAGUUCAGUUCCACGAGCUCGUUCACGUAGUCCCAUUUGGGGUCCGGGUAAUACAUCAUAUGCUGAUGUAUUGAAGGGUUUAGAAGCUAGUGAUUGGUCGGUAGAUACUGUGGUGGAAAGUACAGAGAAGUAUCCCUAUGAGGUAGCUAUGGAAGUGCCAAGGGGAAGGUCACCGAGACCACCAAAGAGAAAGCAUCAGGUGGAACAGAAAAGUUUCCAGCCAUCCAGUGAGAUGCUGACAACGAAGGGGUCUCCUUCACAUGACGCAAUAGUCACACGAAGAGAUGACAAGGUACCACCGUCACCUGGUCUGACAACACCGUCUGCCAUGGAGCAGAGGGAAGUCAGAAAGAGUGAUUCUGAUUCUAGUUCUGAACAACAAAAAGGAGAGAGUCGAAAGAAGAAAGCCGAAAAGAAACAAAUUGAGGAACCCUUACAGGCUAAACCUGAAGUACCAUUGAGGAGGAAGGACAAGAAAGAAUCAGAGGUGCAGGUUGUUCAAGAACCUCAAAAACCAUCAAGAAAGAAGUCCAAAAAGAAGAAGAAUACAGAUGACAAGAAUCUUGAGAGUCCCCCGAUAGAAGAACCCAAUCAGCUGAUUGUGAAAAAAGUCACAAUAAUCCGAAAGAAGAUCAUUCGUCGCAUUACAAUUGUCAAUGGGAGGGAGCACGUGAGUGAGGAGAUUGUUGAGGAACCGACAGAAGUGGAAGUGUUGGGAGAUGAAAUUCCCACGCUAGAUACAGAAAUUGUGACAGUGGAGGAAACUCCCACGAUUGAGGCGCAAAACACAAAGAUUGAUGACUCAAAUUUGGCAUUGCAUUCACCCAAUGAGGCCGUUGUUGUUGAACACAUCACACGUACCAUUACAAUUAUUCGUAAGAAAAUCAUUCGUCACAUUACAGUUAUUGAUGGGAUAGAACAUGUGAGUGAGGAGGUGAUUGAAGAGCCUGUUGAAAUUGAAGUGACUGGCCAGGAAAUUCCAAUUCUUGAGCCAGAAAUUGUGUUAGUUGAAGAGAAACCGACGGCAACUGAACCAGUCUCCGGUGAAAUUUCAAUGGAGACUGAUGUGAUUGAGGUUAAGUCGAAUGUUGAAGUGGAAAAGUGUUUAAAAACUAGUGAUAUCAGUGUUCAAAAUGAAGAUAAAGUAAUGCCACGUGAAGAGAGUAGUAUCCCUUCAAAGGCUCAAGAGAAGCCAGUGUUUGAUGAGCCCAAAAAACCAGAGAGGGAAAAGGGAAAAUCCAAAAAGAAGGACAAGAAAAGCAAAUCCAAGCAUCAUGAAGAUAGCAGCUCAGAACCACCUUCACCAGAAAUCCUUUCGGAAACCCUUCCGGAAAAAAUCUCCAAGUUUGUGACAAUUAUAAAGAAGAAAAUUAUUCGUCAUGUUAAGAUUGUUGAUGGGAAGGAACAAGUGACGGAGGAGGUUGUUGAAGAACCAGCACAAGUGGAAGUUAUUGGUGAUGAAGUGCCGGCUCUUGAGCCUGAAAUAUUUACAUCUUAUGUUGAAGAGAAGAUUGAAUUUAAACCAAUUGCUGAGUCUGAAGUUGCGGAGAGAUCUGCAAGGGCAUCACCAAUUGGGAAAGUGCCUAGUGAAGACAAAGCCGUGACUAAAGAUAGUGGACCUAAAAAGAAGCCCAAGAGGAAGAAGGAUAAAACACCAAAGGUUGAGCAUCCAAUAAUUGAGAUUACAGAGAAAACUUUGGAAAAAUCUCCGGAAGAUACACCUGAAGAGUCUGAGAAACCAGGGAGAGUAGAACUUCCAUCAGAUGCACCAUCUACGCAUUCAACAGUCACAGAAGUAACGGUCAAAGAAGUCAAACAAAUUGAAGAUCCAAUCAUUGAGGUUACAGAGCAAUCUGUGGAAAAAUCUCUUGAAGAUACACCUGAAGAGUCUGAGAAACAAGAAAGUGUAGAACUUCCAUCAGUUGCACCAUCUACGCAUUCAACAGUUACAGUAGUAACAGUCGAAGAAGUAAAACAAGUUGAAGAUCCAAUAAUUGAGGUUACAGAGCAAACUGUGGGGAAGUCUCCUGUAGAGACACCUGAAGAGUCUAAGAAACCAGAAGAAGGACUUCCAUUAGAUACACCAUUUACGCAUUCAACAGUCAAAGAAGAAACAGUUACAGAAGUAACAGUCGAAGAAGUAAAACAAGUUGAAGAUUCAAUAAUUGAGGUUACAGAGCAAUCUGUGAAAAAAUCUCUUGAAGAUACACCUGGAGAGUCUGAGAAACCAGAAAGUGUGGAACUUCCAUCAGUUGCACCAUCUACGCAUUCAACAGUCAAAGAAGUAACAGUCACGGAAGUAACAGUCAAAGAAGUCAAACAAGUUGAAGAUCCAAUUAUUCAGGUUACAGAACAGACCGCAGAAAAAUCUCCUGUCGAUACACCUGAAGAGCAAAAGACAACAGAGAAUGCAGAACUUCCAUCAGAUGCACCAUCAAGGCCUUCAGUAGUCAAAGAAGUAACCUUCGAAACUCAUGUAACGGAAAUCCCUCUGAGUAUCCCAGAAACCGGAGGAGCGAUUGAAAAUACUCAACUUUCAGAGAAGAUUGAAGAACUUGACGAAGGGUUACCCUUGGAGAAACAGCAGGAUAUUCCACUAGACAGAUGGGAUGAGGAGCAAUUAGACUCCAUUCCCGAAGGCGAGGAAUCAGAAGAAAUGUCCGAAGAGAAAAUUGUGACACAAUCAAUAGUUGAUUUGGACAGCAGAAAAGUAUUUGCCAAGAAGAAGCACAUAAGAAAAUCAGUGAAGACAAUUGAUGGACAGGAAUAUGUGAGUGAGGCAAUUCAGGAGGAACCAAUAGAGUAUGAUUUAACUGGUGAUGAAAUUCCUGUUAUUGGGGACAAUUCUGUGACACUUGUGCAUAAAGAUCAUCUUGUGGACUAUUCAAAAGCCUUCCCGGAAAUGCAAGAAAGUGAAGAUACUUCUGUUGUUCAGACAGUUGUCAAACAAUCAACCAAGACUGUCGUCCGUCAUGUGACAAAAGUGAUUAGGAAUGUCACAAUAAUCGAUGGGAAAGAACAUGUGACUGAGGAAGUGAUUGAAGUUCCGGAAGAGAUAGAAGUGACAGAAGAUGUGCCAGAAUAUCAUACAGAGAUUGUUGAAUGUGGUCCGGAGAAAUCUCUCUGGAAGUACAUAGUGAUUCAAAGCCCUGAGGAAAAUGUAGAGAGAACAAUUGUUGUGAAUAAGAUAAAUGUUAUUCGCAACAUUGUCAUUAAGGAUGGUAAGAAAUCUGUGAUUGAGGAACAUAUCGAUGAACCUGUGGAAAUUAAAGUGACUCAGAAGGAAAUACCCAUUUACGAUUCAGAAAUCAUUGCAUUAAUUGAACAAAAUGCUCCGGAGAUAAUUAAAGCAAGAAUCCCAUAUGGUGAGAAUGAGGAGGUGGAAGAUGUAAUUGCAGAAUUGGCUGAAACCACACCGGCAGUUCUUUUUGAAGUGCCCGAAAUUCCUCAGAAACUCGCCAAUGGAAAUAUUGUGAGUGAUAUUGUUGGAGAUAUUGAGGCAGAAUCUGCUGAAAUACUCAAUGAUUUGUGUACUGAAAAGAAAACAGAGGGAACAUCAACGAAUUUAGAGUUCAUUGUAACGAAAUCAUACAAGGUCAACUCUGAGGCAUUUGCUAAGAAUGAAGAUCAAGUGGAGCUAGAGCCAAUAAUUCUAGACGCCACAAGUCCAACAGAAAAGAGAAAGAAAUCAGUCCAAUUUGACGAUACUGUCACGGUGAUUGCUGAAACACCCCUCAAUGAGGCGGAAGAUGUAAAUCUCUCAGAGAGAGAUUCCACGGUGCCAGAAAUAAAUGUGGGUCAGUUGAGAGAGAAUUUGGAUGGGGGCCAAAAUGAAAGUGUACCAGAAAUAGCCAGCUUUAUUGAACAACGCGAAACUCAGCGUGUCUUUAUAGAUCCAGCACCUUUUAUUAUUGUGGAAUUUCCGGAAAUAUGUGCAGAAUUCACUUUGACUGCUGAUGCAAUUCAGGAGGAAGACAAUCAAGUGCCAGAAGUGAUUGCCCAGGAAGAGAUUGAGCCUGCUAAAGACGACAGAUUGACCUUUUUGCAGAAUUUACAUUCUGACUUGGGUAAUGCGGAAACUUACAAUGCAUUUUUGGACGCAGAAAGAAAUUUCUAUCUGCUGAAUAAACCGAAGGACAUCAUUAAAAGUUCAACGGAGGAUACUGUACUUCCAGUAGAAUCAACAGAAUCCCGUACAGAAGUUUCUUCUGAGGAGCCGUCAAUACAGGAUACGAAAGAAAUGGAUGUCGACAAUGUUGUGGAGCAAGAGUCACAUCUGGACUUGACGACUGAAUCCCCGUCCGAAGUUUCUCCAGAAAAGCCAUUAGAAAAGGACACUAAAGUAGUUGUCGAGCAGGAAUCACUUUCGGAGAAACCGUCUGAAUCCCAGACUGAACUUCCACCAGAGAAACCAUCAGACAAGGACACUAAGGAUGUAGUUGUGGAGCAUGAAAUAAUUUUGGAGAAAUCAUUCGACUCUCCGACUGAUCAUCUUCCAGAGAAGUCAUCAGAAAAAGACACUAAGGAAGUGACUGUUGACCACGAGCCACUUUUGGAGAAAACGUCUGACUCCCAAAUUGAAGUUCCUCCAGAAAAGCCGGUAGAAAAGGACAAUAAAGAAGUGACUGUUCAGAACGAGUUACUUCUGGAGAAACCGUCUGAUUCCUCCAUUAAACUUCUUCCAGAAAAGCCAUCAGAAAAAGACUCUAAGGAAGUGACUAUUGAGAAUGAUUCACUCCCGGAUAGGACAACUGUAUCUCACUUUGAAGUUCCCCACUUCGAUGUUCUCUCAAUUAGUGACGCGGAAAGGAAUUACUAUUUGUAUCUCAAUUCUGCACAAUUUAUCCCCAAACAAAUUGACGAGGUUCAAUUUGUCGCUCAAGAAGUGAAAGACGAUGAUGUUAUUGUGAUUGAAGAUGAACCAGAGAUUAUUUCAAUAGAUGACACGGACAAGGCAAAUGUGACAAAUGAGUCGAGUUUCACUGAAAACGAUAGAUCAAUGGAAGAAAUUGUUGAAAAGCAAACACCAAAAGUUGAUCAAGCAAUUCUUCAGCAGGACUCACAAGUUAUUGAAUCAUCCGAACCUGCUAAACCAGCAUAUGCAGGCCUCCCACUGGAUGAUGAUGCAGAUACUUGGAUGGACGCGGAAAUUAUACUAUCUGAUGAUGAAGAAUCUCCGGAAGAUAAGCAAAUUCAUCAUCCAAGUGCAAAAACUACUCAAAUUGUUACAAUCCUGAAGGAGAAAAUAAUUCGUCGUAUAAAGAUAGUCAAUGGCAAAGAAGAAGUAACAGAAGAAAUCGUCAGGGAACCAGUGGAAAUUGAAGUGAUUGAUGGAGAUAUUCCUGACUUCAAGCCAGAAAUUAUCAUAAUUGAAGAUAAAGAAGAGACAGCUCAGCCAGACUCACAACUCACUGAAAAACUCCCUGAACAAAUUGAACCAUCAACUGAAAAUCAAAACUUACCAACCGACGUUAAGGAUUCAGAAACACUUACACAGAAAAUAACAAAGAUUAUCACAAUAGUCCGGAAGAAGAUCAUUCGUCAUGUGAAGAUUGUUGAUGGGAAAGAACAAGUGACUGAAGAGAUCAUUGAAGAGCCAGUUGAAGUUGAGGUUCAAGGGGAUGAAAUUCCAAUACUGGAACCUGAAAUCGUCGUUUCGGUCGUUGAGGAGAAAAUUGAAACGAAACCUGUUGAAAAGAUUGAGAUGACGAUCGCAAAGGAAGUUCCACAGAAAGUUGAAGAGGAAGUUGUUCAAAAAGAACUGCCCUCUGAUAUCCCAACUCAAGUUGAUAAACCUCUUGAAAUACCCGAUUUAACGGAGACAGAAGUGAUUCCCCAGAAAGUUGAAGAGAAAAUCAUUUCAGAAGAGAAACCUGAGUCCAUUUCUUCGAAAGUAUCUGAACCAAUUGUUCAAAAAACUGAUAUUGAGGUAGAAACUGUAAUUGUUGAACCUGUCAAGGAACCAGAAACUGUUGAAACUAUCGAAAAAAUCGAAAUUCCCCAAGAAGUAGAAAAGGUUGAACCUAGUACAGAAUCCCAUCCCGAAAGCACAAUUGAAAAGAUCAAGCGAACCAUUACAAUCAUUAGGAAGAGAAUCAUUAGGCAUGUAACUAUCGUGAAUGGGAAGGAAAAUGUGAGGGAGGAAGUGAUUGAAGAGCCUGUUGAGGUAGAAGUUGUUGGUGACGAAAUUCCACUUUUGGAGCCAGAAAUUGAAGUGAAAGAAGUUCAAGAGGUUCAACCAGUUGAGGAAGUGAUUGCUCAGCAAGAGGCUGAGCCUGCUAAGGACGACAGAUUGACCUUUUUGCAGAAUUUACCUUCUGACUUGGGUAAUGCGGAAACGUACAAUGCAUUUUUGGACGCAGAAAGAAAUUUCUAUCUGCCGAAUAAACCUAAGGAGAUCAAUAAAGGUUCAACGGAAGAAGUGACAGUGAAGGAUGCUAUUGAAUCAUCUUCAGAAGUUGUACCUCAGGAGAAACUGAAAGAGGAGCCUCAACCAAUCGUACCUAAAGAGGAAGAAAAAGUCGUUGUCACUGAAUCACAAAUUAUUGAGAAAGCUGAACCUGCUAAACCAGUUUAUGCAGGGCUUCCACUUGAUGAUGAUGCAGAUAUUUGGAUGGAUUCUGAAAUUGUAUUAUCUGAUGAAGAAGAACCUCCAUCAGAUAAACCAUCAGAUCAAUUACCCAAAACAGAUACAAUCAUAAAGGAGAAGAGAGUGAUCACAAUCAUUAGGAAGAGGAUAAUUCGUCAUGUGAUUAUUGUGGAUGGAAAAGAGGAAGUGAAAGAGGAAGUGAUUGAAGAGCCUGUUGAAGUAGAAGUUGUUGGUGAUGAAAUCCCAAUUUUGGAACCAGAAAUUGAAGUAAGUGAAGUCAAAGCGGUUCAACCAGUUGAGGAAGCUUCUCCUGAGGCUCCUUCAGAAAUUGUUCCAGAAGAGAAAUUCAAGGAAGAACCGCAACCAGUCGCACUUAAAGAGGAAGAAAAAGUACUAGUUGAACCAUCUGAACCCAAGAAACCAGCCUAUGCAGGCCUUCCACUUGAUGAUGAUGCAGAUAUUUGGAUGGAUUCUGAAAUUGUAUUAUCUGAUGAAGAAGAACCUCCGGCGGAUAAACAAUCAGAUCAAUUACCCCAAACAGAUACAAUCAUAAAGGAGAAGAGAGUUAUCACAAUCAUUCGGAAGAGGAUAAUUCGUCAUGUGAUCAUUGUGGAUGGAAAAGAACAAGUGAAUGAGGAAGUGAUUGAAGAGCCUGUUGAGGUCGAAGUUUUUGGUGAUGAAAUCCCAAUUUUGGAACCAGAAAUUGAGGUGAGACAAAGUCAGGAGGUAAAACCUGUUGAAAGUGCUCCUUCUGAAGCUCAGUCAACUACGGAAAUUGUUCCUGAAGAGACAAUCAAGGAGGAACCUCAACCAAUCGCACCUGAAGAAGAGGAGAAAACAGUUGUUAUCGAAUCACAGACUGAAGGACCUUUAACAGAAACGAUAGUCAAAGAAACGAGAGUGAUCACAAUCAUUCGAAAGAGGAUAAUUCGUCAUGUAGUGAUUGUUGAUGGAAAAGAAGAAGUCAGGGAGGAAGUAAUUGAGGAGCCUGUUGAGAUAGAAGUGACUGGGGAUGAAUUCCCAUCCCUGGAGGAACUUGGCGCUGGUGAAUUUGAAACAGUUGAAAAUGUGACUGAGGAAGUGAUUAGAUCCGGAAAGAAAAUCAUUCAGCACAUUGAAAUAAUUGACGGGAAGGAACACAUCACGGAAGAGGUGAUUGACUUGCCAGAAGAGGUUGAAAUCACUGGUGGUUCUACUGUAUUAUCUUCAGAUACGUCUCUGGAGAUGAUUCCCAAGGAAAUCGUAGAAACGGUCUCUGAAACUAUUGUGGAACCUGUAAUUGAGAAGAUUGAGGAGAAACAACCAGAACCUGAGAAGGAGACAGUGGCUAAGGAAGUUCCAUCGAAGCCUGUGUAUGCAGGAUUGCCACUUGACGACAGUUCUGAUGCUUGGAUGGAUGUGGAUGAAAUGAGGUUUUCUGAUGAAGAAGAACUUCCCGUGCAAGAUACUUCAGGAAAGGAAAACGAUCGUUCUUUGGAAGAAGUAGAAAUUCCUGUUGUUCAGCCUGAUGAAAAAGUUACAGAAGCUGUUAAAGUGGAAGAAAAAUUGCCAGAAAUCUCUGCAUUUGAUCGGAACGAUUCUGUGGUGGAAAUAGAGAUUGGAGAUUCAAAUCAAUUGCAACUAUUCUUGGAUGCAGAGAGAAUGUCUCACUUACCCAAAGAAGUGAAAAAAGAAUCAGUUCUAUCUGCUGAUGCACAGGAAUUUGUUCCACAUUUCAAGGGGAAAAUACCCGAAGAAAAUUUGAAGGAGAAAUCUGUUGAAAUUGAACCUGAAGAACACCUAGUUGAGGAAAAUUUAGAGAAGCCUGAACAGGUGAAAGAAGUAGAAAAGGAAACACCAAUUUCAACAGAGGAAAUCAAACCCACGGAACAGCAAUUGAUACAAGAAGAAUUAGAGGUACUUGUAGAAGUUCAGAGUGAAAAACAGCCAGAGCAAGUUGAUAAACCAGAAGUGUUUGAUGAGAAUGUAGAAGGAGUUGAGGAGGAAAAAUCAAUUUCUCCAGAAGUCAAAAAGCCCACAGAGCAACAAUUGCGUGAGAAAAUGCUAUUUGAGCAGAAGAAAAAGCAAAAGCGUGAAAUGCGAGGGAAGAAAAAGCAUAUGGAUGAGGUCAAGGAUGAAUCGAGUUCACCUGAGCUGUUGAAGGAAGUACCCAGAGAGGCAUCCAUUGAACAAAUUUCUGUUUGGUCAUUGCCUGGAGAUAAGAAAACUUAUGCAGAAGUUGUAGCAGAAAACUUACCUCGUAAAACUGGAAGGGUUCCUCGUGAACCACAAUCAGAAAUUCCUUCAAAGGAAGCUACAAGUGAAGAAGAUAUCGUUCUCAUUUCUGAAAGUCCUUCCGAACACUCUCAAUCAGAUGAACAGAUCGCCAAAGAGGUGUAUAAAGAGGCAGAAGAAGAACCAGUUCAGCAAGAAGUUCCUACUUUCACUGACAACUUCAGUUGGUAUGAUGCAAUUGUCGAGCAAGAAAAGUUAGUAGCGUCUGAAUCUCCAAUUGAGGAACAGAAAAUCGAAACUGCUGCUGUUGUACCUCAUACUCCUCCCGUUGAAGUAACUCAAGUGAAGGAAGAACCACAACCUCAGCCUACAAAAUCAUGGGCUAGUGUUGUUGGUUCAUUUGUGAGUAACCUCUUUGAUUCAUCUGCGAAAUCUCAAGAGCCUAAACAACCUCCUCCUGUACAAGAAAAAUACCAAGAAAGUACCUCUGACAAUUUAAAGUCAACUUCAGAUUCAGAUGAUAAAACUCAGCAGCAACCUGAGAGGAAAACAACCAAGACAAAGAAAGCUGCAGUUGCUAAAGAACCUCCAAAAGAAAAGAAGUCUCAGAAAAAAUCCAAGGAAAAGAAAGUACCUGGAGAUGAUUCUCCUAGUUCUGAAAAGGGUUCUGACAGUGAUUGGAUAAUAUUAUCUCCUCAAAGAGAUGAUACUCCUGCUGAAGAACAACCAAAGACUGAAACUGAGGUUGAAAAAGGAACUGCUCAUGAAGAGGCAUUACCAAAGAAAGAUAAGCAGAAAAAGAAAAAGUCUAAGAAAUCAAAACCAUCGCAGGAAAUUCAACCAGAAGAACCACGUCAAGAACCUCAAAAAGAAGAAGAACUUAAACAAGAAGCACCAGUUUUAGUAACAGAAACUCAACCUGAAGAUUCUGCAGAAGAAAAGCUACCCAAGAAGUCUAAGAAGAAGUCAAAGAAAGGAAAAAGAGAACCUGAAAAGCAACCAUCGUCUGAUAGUCUCAAGUCUGAUAAUCUUGAGCAAGAUUGGGUGAAUGUUACAAAGCCUGCUGAAGAGGAACUUCCACCGGAAAGUGAACCAUCCAAGGCAUCUUCUGAGAUCACAAGAAUAGUGACGAUAAUUCGUAAGAAAAUAAUUCGCCAUGUUGUAGUGGACAAUGGGGUAGAAACAGUCAGGGAGGAGAUUGUAGAGGAACCUGUUGAAGUUGAAGUCGUUGGAGACAAACUUCCAAUUCUUGAACCAGAAAUAGUCACAAUUGAUCAAUCUCCCACUGCUCCAGUGAGCGAUGAACCAUUCUUUAUCGAAGAACCAGUAAAAGACGUUCCUCAGUCUGUGUCACAGUCAAUAGAUGAAGCUCUCGUAUCACUUCCUGAUAGGAUAACAGAACAGAUUACCCAGAAAGUUACAAUAAUUCGAAAGAAAAUUAUUCGCUAUAUAACAAUUAUUGAUGGGAAGGAACAAGUGAAUGAAGACGUAGUUGAAGAACCUGUUGAGGUGGAAGUUUUUGGUGAUGUUAUCCCUGUUUUGGAGCCAGAAGUGAUUGUGGUGAAAGAAAUGGAACUUGAACCACUUUCCCGUGAAAAACUACCAUCAACUGAGCCAGAAGAACCUUCAGAGAAACCUUUGCCUAGUGAAUUAGGCGUGGCAACUGAGAUAGUAAUUGCAGAAUCAAAGGGAACUCCAACUGAAUCAGAACCAGUUCAUGAAUCACAUGAGAUCAAGCAUGAAUUCAUUGUAAGAGAGGAGGAAGUGCCAACUGCAAAGGAGGGUGAUAAGGAAGGUGAAAAAGACAAGGAAAUUGUUGAUCACACUACAGAACCUCAGGAAACAACCUCUGAUAAAAUUACAGAAAAACUAACAAAGAUUAUCACAAUAAUCCGGAAGAAGAUCAUUCGACAUGUGAAGAUUGUUGAUGGGAAAGAACAAGUCACUGAAGAAAUCAUUGAAGAGCCAGUUGAAGUUGAGGUUGAAGGGGAUGAAGUUCCAAUACUGGAACCUGAAAUCGUCGUUUCGGUCGUCGAGGAGAAAAUUGAAGCGAAACCUGUUGAAAAGAUUGAAGUGACGAUCGAAAAGGAAGUUCCACAGAAAGUUGAAGAGGAAGUUGUUCAAAAAGAAGUGCCCUCUGAUAUCCCAAGUCAAGUUGAUAAACCUCUUGAAACACCCGAUUUAACGGAGACAGAAGUGAUUCCCCAGAAAGUUGAAGAGAAACCUGAUUCCAUUUCUCCGAAAGUAUCUGAAUCAAUUGUUCAUAAAACUGAUAUUGAGGUAGAAACUGUAAUUGUUGAACCUAUCAAGGAACCAGAAAUUGUUGAAACUGUCGAGAAAGUUGAAAUUCCCCAAGAAGUAGAAAAGGUUGAACCUAGUUCAGAAUCCCAUCCCGAAAGCACAAUUGAAAAGAUCAAGCGAACCAUUACAAUCAUUAGGAAGAGAAUCAUUAGGCAUGUAACUGUCGUGAAUGGGAAGGAAAAUGUGAGGGAGGAAGUGAUUGAAGAGCCUGUUGAGGUAGAAGUUGUUGGUGACGAAAUCCCGCUUUUGGAGCCAGAAAUUGAAGUGAAAGAAGUUCAAGAGGUUCAACCAGUUGAGGAAGUGAUUGCUCAGCAAGAGACUGAGCCUGCUAAAGACGACAGAUUGACCUUUUUGCAGAAUUUACCUUCUGACUUGGGUAAUGCGGAAACGUACAAUGCAUUUUUGGACGCAGAAAGAAAUUCCUAUCUGCCGAAUACACCUAAGGAGAUCAAUAAAGGUUCAACGGAAGAAGUGACAGUGAAGGAUGCUAUUGAAUCACCUUCAGAAGAUGUUCCUGAGGAGAAAUUAAAGGAGGAGCCUCAACCAAUCGCACCUAAAGAGGAAGAAAAAGUCGUUGUUACUGAAUCACAUAUUAUUGAGAAAGCUGAACCUGCUAAACCAGUUUAUGCAGGCCUUCCCCUGGAUGAUGAUGCAGAUAUUUGGAUGGAUUCUGAAAUUGUAUUAUCUGAUGAAGAAGAACCUGCGGCAGAUAAACCAUCAGAUCAAUUACCCGAAACAGAUACAAUCAUAAAGGAGAAGAGAGUUAUCACAAUCAUUAGGAAGAGAAUAAUUCGUCAUGUAGUGAUUGUGGAUGGAAAAGAACAAGUGAAUGAGGAAGUGAUUGAAGAACCUGUUGAAGUCGAAGUUUUUGGUGAUGAAAUCCCAAUUUUGGAACCAGAAAUUGAAGUAAGAGAAGUCGAAGCAGUUCAGCCAGUUGAGGCUGUUUCUCCUAAGGCUCCUUCAGAAGUUGUUCAUGAGGAAAAACUCAAGGAAGAACUGCAACCAAUCGCACCCAAAGAGGAAGAAAAAGUAGUAGUAGUUGAACCAUCUGAACCGAAGAAACCAGGCUAUGCAGGACUUCCACUUGAUGAUGAUGCAGAUAUUUGGAUGGAUUCUGAAAUUGUAUUGUCUGAUGAAGAAGAACCUCCGGCAGAUAAACCGUCAGAUCAAUUACCCAAAACAGAUACAAUCAUAAAGGAGAAGAGAGUUAUCACUAUCAUUCGAAAGAGGAUAAUUCGUCAUGUAGUGAUUGUAGACGGAAAAGAGGAAGUGAGGGAGGAAGUGAUUGAAGAGCCUGUUGAGGUCGAAGUUUUUGGUGAUGAAAUCCCAAUUUUGGAACCAGAAAUUGAAGUGAGACAAAUCCAGGAGGUAAAACCAGUUGAAAGUGUUCCUUCUGAAGCUCCAUCAACUGCAAAAAUUGUUCCUGAAGAGGAACCUCAACCAAUCCCACCUGAAGAAGAGGAGAAAACAGUUGUUAUCGAAUCACAGACUGAAGAACCUUUAACAGAGACAAUAAUCAAAGAAACAAGAGUGAUCACAAUCAUUCGGAAGAGAAUAAUUCGUCAUGUAGUGAUUGUUGAUGGAAAAGAAGAAGUCAGGGAGGAAGUAAUUGAGGAACCUGUUGAGAUUGAAGUGACUGGGGAUGAAUUCCCAUCCCUGGAGGAACUUGGCGCUGGUGAAUUUGAAACAGUUGAAAAUGUGACUGAGGAAGUGAUUAGAUCCGGAAAGAAAAUCAUUCAGCACAUUGAAAUAAUCGACGGGAAGGAACACAUCACGGAAGAGGUGAUUGACUUACCAGAAGAAGUUGAAAUCACUGGUGGUUCUACUGUAUUAUCUUCAGAUACGUCUCUGGAGAUGAUUCCCAAGGAAAUUGUAGAAACGGUCUCUGAAACUAUUGUGGAACCUGUAAUUGAGAAGAUUGAGGAGAAACAACCAGAACCUGAGAAGGAGACAGUGACUAAGGAAGUUCCAUCGAAGCCUGUGUAUGCAGGAUUACCACUUGACGACAGUUCUGAUGCUUGGAUGGAUGUGGAUGAAAUGAGGUUUUCUGAUGAUGAGCAAGAAGUUCCUGUACAUGGAGCUCCUGUUAAGGAGAGUGAUCAAAAAGUGGAUUCAAAUCAAUUGCAAGUGUUCUUGGAUGCUGAAAGAAUGUCUCAUUUACCCAAAGAAGUAAAGAGGGAAGAUGAAAAGGUAUAUGCAGGCUUGCCUCUUGAUGAUACAUCCGACGAUUGGAUGAUUGUUGAAGAGGUUACUCUUCCGGAUGAAGAGAAGUCUGAAAGUAAAGUUUUAACUAAACUAUCUGAGGCUGUUGAAAAAGUUCUACCUGAGCAAUUACCACCAGUAGAAGGUGUUCUAGAUGAGGAAGUUUGGAAAUUAAAUGUCCAAAUGGACUCAGAUUUCUGGUCAAAUAAAUAUCUCUAUGAUGAUGCUGAAAAGGUAUAUUACAUUGCAAAUAAAUCACCUUCGAAAGAGGAUUAUAUGAGCUUGAAAUUUAGACAAUAUUUGGCACAAGAUUUACCAUGUUUCCCUGACGUGUCGGUACUGUCUGAUGCAGAGCGUCUGUGGCAGACUCUAUUGAGUCGUGAAAGACCUGAAAGGGAAGUUGAGGUAGUGGUUAGUGAACCAUUGAGAGACAGGAAAGAUGAUGAUGACGAUAGCGAUGAUAAGGGUCGUCAGAAGUCAGAUUCUCAAGAGCCACUGGUAGUUAAUAUAGGUGCACAAGUGUCCAGUUCACUGGACACAAAGGGCCAUUGGGAUAUUCCCAGUGGUGGCAAAUGGAGAGGGGAAAGUACAUAUCUGAGCAUUGAAAGUAUCGGUGAUAAUCCGGAGACAGCACACAAAAGUGAACAACACCCAAUCCAAUUGGAAUCUACUAACAUUACCCAAACUCCACCUCCUAGUCCCAUCCAGAGUCCUAUCCCUGUUGAGAGUCCCCAGGAACCCAUUCCCUUACCCUCCCUGCCGAAUACAGGAAUCUCUGAUCGUAUCAUCGCACACAGUACUGAGCCUUUAGUAGUGACCGAACCGACAGACAACUCCGUUCAAUUGAACAAGAAGGAUGCAGUUACAAGAGAAAUUGAUCAGUUGCUGGCUUCAAUUGCGAGUACUGAGAGAGAUCUCGUGAAUUUGCCCAAUGAGGAUUUGGCAAAGAUGUUGGAGAAAUUGCAGAGUAUCUUGCAAACUCUCAAGACUCAUGACACUGAGUCGUCAGCUAUUAAGGAAAAUGUCGCAGUGGAUGAAUACGAUCACGAAGUUGAGGCAGCACUAACGACAAUUGACAGUAAAAUUGAGAAAUUAGUCACAAGAGCUACAAAGGCAUUUUCACUUGUUGAGGACGCAAUAAAUCAACAACAAAUGCGACAAAUGGAACUCAAGAAGUACAGUCAACUGCAGCAAGAAAUUGAAAAUUGGUUAGCAUCAAUCAAAAUACCUUCGGCUAAGGCUGAUCAGGAGCUGAAUGUCCUUGAAGGUGUUCAGGAAAUUGUGAUGGAUCAGCAGAAAUUGAUUGAUGAUAUCACAUGCAAAGAACAGAAACUGCAAGAAAUCCGGGAUAAAUGCCAGGAAAUGCAGAAGCAGCAACAUGUGAAGAAAUUAGCAACGACCCUCACUGAACAAUUUACAAUAAUCCUGACACUUUUGGAGACGAGAAAACAGUCUACACUCAAUUACAUCAGUAUGCUGAAGGCGAGGGAGGAUGAAUUGAUGAAGGGGAAGAAGGACGAUGAUCGGGAUACCCUGGAAUCUAUGUCAAUGCCUGAGGAAGAGCCUGAUGUGCAGAAGAUGACCAUUGAGACGCAGACAAGUGCGAGGGAGGAGAAAAUUGUUGAUGAUGAAACACAAACAAGUUUUCCACUUUUGGAUCCUGGACAGAAGGAUACUCAGACUACCUUUGUGCAGACUCAGGUGGAACGUCGUCCUACGGAUAAUAUCACAGUGUUGCAUAUGGCGGAUGAGGAGAAGGAGACCAUUGAAAUUGACAAUCAACUCAAUCUGCCAAUUUUGAAGGAUGAAAGACCAUCUGAUGUUCUCGUUGAGGCGAAAUUCAAUCAAGCUCAGCCAGGAAGUAGUUCAAGGACGUCCGAAUUGGUGCUUAGGAAUGUUCCUCAGUCUUUUGAAACGACUUUUGUGGAACCAGAUGAAACGACAACGGAAGUUGUUGUUGAUGCGGACGGGACAAAGAGGAUUAUUGUGAGGAAGGUGAAAAGGACACGUCUUCAGCGGGAAAUUGUCAUGCAAUCUGUGACUGUGGGAGCUGAACAGAUUCCCCAGGUGCAAGAGGAGACAAUUAUCGAGGAGAUUCCACUGAUUCCUGGUCAGGAGGCUCAGGAGGUCACUCUGCAGGGGGUUCCGAUUCGCGAAGGGGAUGUAACUUACGUCGAUCGAGAGCAUUUGGAGAGACUUCCCACUCCGGAACCAUUAGCCAGGGAACCUGGCUAUGAGACAUCCACCGUGAGAGCCAUUGUGCAGCAUGUCACGAGGAAGGUGAUCCGGAAGACUAGGAAAAUCAUCAAGAGAGUGACAAUAGUCGAUGGGAAGGAACAUGUAACGGAGGAAGUUGUUGAGGAGCCUGAAGAAGUUGAGAUUAGUGAAGAAGAUAUACCAAAUAUCAACAUAAAUUUGACAAGUGGAGAUUUACCUGGGCAGGAAGUGCCAGGAAACGUUGAGGAAAAGGAUGAAGUGACCUAUGAGAUUGUCAAGACUGUCAGUGGCAGUGAUGAAAAAAUUAAAGGUGAAGAAGACCGUCAGGUAUUAGAAUCAUUAACUGCACCAGUAGAUUUGGUAACAACAACUGCACACGUAGAUGUAAUUCAACCAAAUGUUGAAAUUGCAGAAAAAGAAGAAAUAAAAGAAGAAAAAGAAGAAGAAGAAGAAAAGGGGGGUGGAGAAAAGUCUCCGGCACAAGAAAUCAAAGAAAAAGUCACAGAAAUUGCACCAGAUGAAGAAGAAGACGCCGUUGAGGUUCGUUCAGAGCCAAUGGCAGAAGAAAUUCCUGCACAGAAAGAACUAAUACUCACAGAUGUCAAAGAAAUUUGGCCAAAAACAGCCACAAUUGACGAAAUUCCCAUACAUUUAUUAGAUACAGUCUCCAUGGGUGACGACGACACGGUUGAAAAGGCAAUCGAUCACACAACAGCUGACAUUUGGCCAACCAAUCCCAAUAUAGGGGCCGAUGUUGAUUUACAGCGGUAUGGGGUGUCCGUGACGGAAGUUGAGCAUGUCAUUGAGACAAUUGAGAAGGAUCCGGAAGAAAAAUCUGUGGAAAUAUCUGAAAAGUCGGAAAUUGAGGAAUUGAAGGCAAAAGCUGAAGUUGUUGAAGCUGAAAUUCGUCCUGCUGACAUAGCUCAAGAAGAACGAGAACCUGCAGAACCGUUCCCGGCGGAAGCUUCACUGCCUUCUCCAUCGGAGCCAUCAACACCGGGAGAAGCACCCAAAGAACCUGAAGAAGUUCCCGUUCAAGAAGAACGAGAACCUGCAGGACCGUUCGCGGCUGAAGAGCCGUCAACACCGGGAGAAACACCCAAGAAACCCGAAGAAAUCCAUCCCAGUGAAGAGGAGGCAGAGAGAACUAGGAUAAAAGUAACUCUGCCCUCACUCCUUUCCUCCGCAGAGUCCACCCUGACGGUUAAUAUGAAGAUGGAACCAAGUGAGCAUACAAAAGUCAAUGUAAAUCUAACAGAAGAGAUUUCACUGACUCCUGCUCCUGAAGUUCCUCAACCGGAAUCUCCGAAGAUUCCAACACCGGAGAAGAUUGUUCUGGAAGUCUAUGAAAAGGUCUCCGGGAGCGAUGAUCAGGAAGUACGUCAAACGGGAUACGAAGCUGAGGACAUCACAGUAGAUGAUGCAGGAGAAGAAAGUAGGAAGAGUAAGAGGAAGAAAAAGCGUAAACAGAAGAUAAAGGCGAAAGAAGAUGAGCCGACAGAAGUACCAAAAGCCACGGAAGAGCCCAAGGAACCCAAGGAGCCCAAGGAACCCAAAGAGCCUACAAUUCAGGAAGGAGUAGAGAAAGAAAUCACUCCUGAUGAAUCAUACGCCAGUAUUUCGGAAUAUGAAGCAGAUUCAGUGAGAAUAAUGGAAGAAUCUGUUAUCAAAUCUCCAUCUCCGGAUGCCCUGCAACCGAUGCCUAGUGAAUUGAUCACAGCUGUCCCGGUGAUUGAUACCAUGUACGUGGAGGAGAGUGAGCAGCAGACAUCCUUGCCGUACGAAGAGGCACCGAGGGAAGAGAUAGUUCCACAUGAAAGUCCCCGAAAGGAAGCUGUAAUUCAAGAGGAACACUCAGUUCAGACAUCUCCAACCCAUCAGCCAACGAUGGAAAUCUCUCAGCAAACAAGCCCCGAACCAGAAACCGAACAGCAAGAAACCGAAGCGCAGACAAUUGUAAUUGAGUCUACUGAGGUGGAAAUACAAACAACCCCAAUCAAACUUGCAGAUGAAGAACCGUCUGCGGAGGUCCUGCUGCCCAAACCUGAAGUAUAUUCAGAGGAAAUACAAACAGAACCUGUCACCUUUGAAGAGAAAACCGAACCCGUAGCUCCAAUAGAAACCACAGAUAGUACUUCUCAGACAAUCGUCCUGGAUACCCGUGAACAGUACUUACAGACAUCUCCUGUGGAAUCUCCUGAACAUCAUCCAAGGGAAUCGAUUGUGAAUCCCGAAGAAGAUGUCAAUAGGAUUGCAGCUACGAUUGUCGACGAGAUUGUGCGAGGAAUUCCAACGCCUACUGCGACUGCUGAGACAAAUACCGAAAGUGUGACAAUUCAGGAAGCAACAAUGCAAACCUCGCCUGAACCAAUUAUUCAGGCAACUGUAGUUCCUGAAGAAGAUUCUUCCCUGUCAACGACAACCAGUGAACCCUAUGAACCCUAUGAGAUUCAAGUGGAAGCUUCCCUGGUCUACCCUCAAGGUGGUCAAAUGCAAAAGAUUCCGGAGAAUUUCUCAGUAGAAGUCACAAGAUCUUUCGAUCUGGAUGACAGAGAUGCUCCGAGGAGUUACCAUGAAAUUCUAGAGAUUCCUCCAGGCGAGGCAUCGAGCAAACCCAAAACAGUGACAAUUUCCAUGAUUAAGAAAACAGUCGUGGAUGAAUUGUUUGAUCAGCCCGAUCCGGAGGAGGAGCAGAAGAAGAUGGAGAGGCUACUGGAGGGUAGACUGAAGAUGUCCCAAGAAGCCAGAUCAUCUCCAUUGAGUAAUGUACUGCAUUUAGCCACGCUCGAAGAAUCUCAGACGGAGGAACCUGCCCAAGAGAGGCUAGAAGCCUUGCAGGGUAAUCUCCUGGAACUUGAGGAUGCCAUCCAGCGUCAAGAUCCCGUAGUUAUCCAAAGGACUGUCACCAUCAUCUUCGAGAAGAUUUCAAUUUGGCUGGAAACAAUUGAAUACAGGGUUUAUGUCACGCGUCAGAGUGCUUCGUCAGGGCCUACUGAGAAAAAAAUUGGAGAAUUCAAUGAGCUCCGGAAUGAAUUGGAGUGCAUUCAGGGUUACGUUGAGCACCUGAGGAGGGACCUAGAGCAGCCAAUGGAGGACGUGGAGGGUGAAAAUAUGGUGCAGUGUGUCAAUGUAAUUGUUGAUCAUCUCAGGGCUAUUGAUAAUGUUACUCAAUCGAGUGAGCAACAGGUUCAGGAGGACUUCCGACGAUUCAGUGACUACCAGAUGAAUGUGGAUGAGCUUCAGCUGAAUAUCCAACAGCUCAAGAGCAAUUUGGACAGGAUUGUGUCGGAGGAAAUGGGAUUGGAUAGGAAACUUCAACUUCUCGAUGAAUUUGAUGAUAUCAAUCGGGCAUUUGGGAAGGAAGUACAGAGGCUCAUUCAUGUGGCACGUGGCCUCGAGAGGGAUUUCCCGGAGAAGGAAACUCCUGAGCAGAUUUUCAUGUGCCGUGAGAUGGUCAGCAAUCUCGAUGGGAAUAUCAAUAUGGAGAGGAAUCGUCUGAAUCAAUUGGUCAAUCUGGCACAGGAAUAUGAGCAGACUCUCAAUGAAUUUGCUAAGAUUAUCCUAAUUGCCGAUUCCCUGGUGGAAAGUCAGAUCACAACGACAAAUCUGGACAAUCUGCAGAAUGAGAUUCAGAAGCAUCGGAAAUUCUUUGUCAAUCUCAGUCACUGUAGGGCAAUCCUUGAGUCACUGGAGAUGAAUUUGGAUCCUGUGACCAGGGAAAAACACACACAGCUCCAUCAGAAUUUGCAUGAAAGUGCUACGAUAAUCCUGGACAAGGCAUCCGAUCGUGCUCAGAGGCUGUCCAUGGCGGCAUCGCGAUGGACAGUUCUGGAAAGGGGAAUGAAAGAGGAGAAACAAUGGCUGCAGAUUGCUCAACAGAGAAUCCCAGAUCUCUCCGAUGUCACUUCAACAGAUUACGAUCAGUACAUCAAUAUGUAUCAAUCCCUGAGUGCAGAUAUUGCUCAUCAUCAUGCCAAACUUGUUCAGUUGACCACGACAGCCGUGAAGCUGCAGGAACUCGUGUCAGCUUCCAACGUUGAGGAUGAUUGCAAUGAGCAACUCUUCAUGAUACUCAAACUAAAGGAAGAUGUUGCUCUCCAUCUCAAAAAACUCCUGAAAUUCCGUCAAUAUUGGAUUCUCUAUGAAACCACAACGGAUAAAAUUGAGCAAUGGAUUACAACGAGUGAGCAUCAUCUCGAGAAGAUUGAGAUUCCAAAGCUGUUCAGAGACUAUCCUCUUGAGCAUAUGCGCCUAUUCUGGGACAUUAAAGCGGAAUUUGAGCUGUACAAUUCCAUCAAAAAUGACGCUUCUGGCAAUCUCUCAAGAGCUCUGGAAGUCGUGCCAAUAGCCGAUGAACUCCUGCAGAAGGAAUUCCAUGAGAGAUUGGAGUCCAAGUGGAUGAGUGUCGAAGACAAAAUCCAGAAGAUUCAGAAGAGUAUUGUUGAUAGUAUGUCAGCGUCAAAUGUGCCAACGAAUGAGAAAUUGCAGUUGCUGCAGAAGGAACUCGAGGAACUGGAAAAAUCCAUGGCUGGCAUCAAGGGAAUCAUUAAGAAUCAAGAUGAACUGCAGCUGUACAUUGAGAGGAUGCAGAUUCUCAACAGUCGAGUAGUGAUUGUUGGCACGGAAUUGGGCAGAAUUGGCCUAACUUCAUCUUCAGAUUCCGAACGAAUUGGUCGACUUUUUGGUGUUUCCCAUCGGAUUUCCAUGCAAAUCUCUGAAGAACUCGAUGGAGCACUUGUCCUUCAGGAUCAACUCAAUAAGAUUUCCCAUGGAAUCAUUCGGAUGAGACUGUUGCAGCAGUCAUCUGGUGAGACUCUCGAUCAGUGUGAAGCUAUUGAGUUGUCCGGAAGUGAAAUUGUGGAAAAUGCCCUUUACGACUGCCAGAGGGUUCACAAUGAUCUCAAAAGUCACUGGCAGGGAAUAAUGGAGCUGCGACAGCUGCUGCACACUCUCCCAAUGCGCCUUAAAAUAUCCGUGUCUCCAGUAAUGCUCGAAAGAGACAUUUCCCAACUUCAAGAUGAACAUGUCCUCCUCGAAUCGAGAUGUGAGAAAAUUCUCAAUGCCCUCCGUGGUGCUCUGCAUCUCUGGAAGACCUUCGAGAGGCAAUUGGAACAAGUGCAGCAAUCAAUUCAGCAAACUGACUACAUGGUGGAAUUGCUGAAGGUACAUGGUCAAGUGGACUAUGAGCGUCUUGUGAAGGCAACAGAAAGACUUCAGGGAUUGCACGGUGACUUGGACAGCAAUGAAGAUCUUCUGGAGGAUCUAAAGUGCUCUGCAGAACCUCUAAUUGAGAUCUGUAGCACUGAAGUGGCACACAAAAUUGAAGUAGCCGUUCAGGAGACAAUUCAGGCGUGGAAUGAGACAUCGCAGAAUCUAACAGAUCUCUGCAAUAAGUAUCAGAGGGCUGUUAGGCUCUGGCAGCAGUACAGGGACGCCACUGAAGCCCUAAUUAACUGGGUGGACGAAAAGGAGGGCAAUCUGAAGAUAAUGGAUCCCAAUGGCGAGCUUCAGUAUAUAAAGGAAUGCCUCAAUGCACUUCCGCUAUAUAAGGAACGUUUGGCUGAAGUUCGAAAAAUGGUGGAUCAAAUAUCUGCUGACAUUGAAUUGGAGCCUGGAAGUUUAUUGGAGAUGGAUGUGGAGUCCCUGGGAGCUCGACUGGAGACAAUGAAAGAGGCAAUAACAGUAUUGGCAGAUGAGGCUGAGAAGAAAGCCCAUCAGACAGUUCAGUUGGAGAAGGAGGUUCGUGAUUCGCAGAAACAAUUGGAAGCCACACAGAAGGCUAUUGAAGACAUUCCCGAGGAAAUUGCUACGGAGGAGCAUUUGCUGAAUUUGCGCAAUCAUCUGGUUAAGUUGAGCUGUACGCAGAAUCAACUGCAGAAGAUGCACAGUACAAAAUUGGAACAGAAUAUCACGACAAAUGUGUCAAUUGUGGAAGUGUUGAAGAUCUGGCAGAGGCUGUUUAAGGAUACCUUCCAGCAGUAUUAUAGAUUGUCAUCGACACUCAUUCAGAAUGAGGAUAUUGAUGCUGUGCUGAAAUUAUGGGAGGAUUAUCUGAGGCAUGUACAGACAUUCUUGGGGACGAGUAUUCCACAGAAUUAUUCCAGUUUGUCGGAUCAUCGACAUAUUUGUGAGGUGCAUCAGAAUCUUCUGGUGAGCCAGAAGAAUGUCUAUGAGAUGAAUGUGAAGCCACAUGUACAGGAGAGAUUUGCGGAAUUGAUUAGGCUGCACAAUGAUGUCCUGCAGAAGCUCAAUGUUAGACAUUCCGAGGUGGAGGAGAGGAUUUGUCUGUGGGAUAGGUACAAUCGGGAAAUGACGGAAUUGCUGGAGUGGCUGAAGGAUAUGGAGCAGAGUAGAUCGAGGAUGCAGCUGAAUUAUUUGAAUUUGAGGCGAGUGCCGAAGAUUCGGCAGACAUUGGAGAGUAUUUUGGGCAGAAUGGCUGAAGGAGAGGCGAAAUCGAAGCAACUGAAGCAGCAACAUGGAAUUUUGUUGAAAUUCUGCGAUGAUGCUCUGGGAACUUCGAUUAAAAUGGGCCAUGCUGCAGUUAAUCAGAGAAUUUCUAAUUUGAAGGCUGCUCUGGAGACUUGGGUGGAUUUUGUCAAUCGGAUAAUGCACCUGGAGAAUGUCUAUAGACAGAAAGUGACGUAUGUCCAGGAAUCGCUAGAGGCUACGCAGAAACUCUAUGCGGAAAUUAGUCAGAAGAAACAGAUGACAGAUAGGAAUAUCAAGCAGCAGAUAAAUGAUUUGCGCGAAAAGAGGAUUGAGGUGAAUAAAUUGAGUGUGGAUCUUGAGCAAAUUGGCGUGGUGCUGGAAGAGAUGAAGGAAUGCGUGAGUCCGUAUGAUCUAAAGUCAAUGCGACAAAUUGUGUGGAUUCUGUGGCAGCAACAGGGAGAUCUCAAUCAACAAUUGGGCACGUACAUAAACAAUCUCGUGGACAAAUUGUCCCUUUGGAAGAUGUUCAAUGACAAAUACACCGUUCUCAGUGCCUGGAUGGAUCAUCUGGAGAAGAGAAUUGAGAUGGGAACGCAAUUUGUCUACGUAGGUGAACCGGAAGAGAUCCAAAGGUACAUUGAGAAUGAAAUAGCCACGGAGAUGUCAUUUAAAGAGCGUGAUCGAGAUUGGGUACUAUCUUCGGGACGUCAGCUACUAACCCUCUUCUCAGACUCGGACAAUCAGAGUCAGGCUACUGAGAUCCAGGAGAAAUUGAAUGCCAUCAUUGAGCGUUGGGAAAAACUCAAGUAUUUGACAAAGGUGCGAGGGAAUGAACUAAAAGAUCUCAGGCUCACGACAAUGCGCCUUGAGAUUCGGAUUGCUGAACUCCGAUCGUGGCUGUUCAAGAUGGAAACUGAAGUGACACGGCCACUGCAUCUGCCCGAUCUGUCAGAAGCUUCCCAUCGGAAAUCAUGGCAGGAACAUGAUGAACUGCAGAAGGCCAUGGAAAAGGAAUGUGUCAAUUUUGCCGAAGUACUCAAUCUCUGUGAUAUGCUCUUCAAGGAUGUCAAUACCUGGAAGUCCCAUUUCAACAUUGGUGCCCUUUCCGUGGCCAUUAGCAAUGUGGAAAAUCGUUGGGGAAAUGUCUGCAAUCUCCUGACGGUUCGUGGCAACAAAAUCAUCACAAUGUGGAAUCUCUUUGGAGAGCUACAGAAGCUCGACAAAGAGCAUCGACAUUGGAUACUGGAAAAGAAGAAACUACUCGAUCGACUGCUCGAAGACAAAGUGUCUAGAGAAAAUCUCGCAGAGAAAGUUGAAUUUGUCCGGGAGCAAAUUGACGAGGUGAAAUUGAGAGAAUCUGCAAGGUAUACUCAAGAGAAAAACUACCAUGGACUCGUGGCGUCCAAUACCCUGGACACAAAUAACAUUAAUGAGCUCCUUGGGGACAUUCCAGUCAUCCUAAAUCACUGGAAUUCCCUCCUGUCCACGCUGAUGGGUCUCCAUGAAAAACUCCAGAGUGAUCUCUGUCUCUACGGGAAAUUUGUGCAGUCGCAUGAAAAAGCCGUUCUCAAUCUCACACAAAUUGAUGCCCAUCUGACCCAGGUGGAGCAUCAACUGUCAACUGAGCAGGGAACCCUACCAAAAUCCACCCAAAUCCUCUCAGUCGAUGAAGAACUCAAAGAUUGCUCAGAACUCCUAGAGACAGCAGAUAAACUCGGUCUUGCCCUGAUGGAGACAUUCCCAGACGUCACUCCCAUCCAGGCCAUGGUGGAUGAAUAUCAAAAUCUCUAUCGAGACAUCAGUCAGAGAUUGCAGAAUCUCCGAGAGAAAUUUGUAGCAGAAGUCGAUGAGAGUUGUCAAGUAAAUACUCUAACUUUCGAACAAGAUUCAGCUGUGCAAGUCAACACUCUCACCUUCGUAACAGCCAAGGAUGCCUACAUCCUCGAGCUGAAAUCUGCCAUCAAAGAAAUGAAGAGCAAUCUGACAAAUCUGGAAACAGCUCUCAAUGAUACCGAAGCCAAAAGUCUCAAGACCAUCAAAUCCAACAAAAUUGUAGCAGCUUGUGAAUCUUCCGUAGAACUCAUCAGGCAUUUGAGUCAUUUACUAAAAACAGAGUGCAAUUCAACUGAUGAGGAAGCUUCUGUGGAAGAAGUCAAGGAUUUGCUGGAAAAGCAUGAAAAUCUGAUGCUUCUCUGGCGAUCCAAGGAGCAGAAAUUGCAAGAAUUGAGACUCCAUUUUCCACCUAAUUAUUGCUUCAAUUGUCUACAUGAUCUUGGUCGGUUGACGUGUCCUCUGUGCACGCAGAAGAAUUGGCAGCAGAUCGACAAUGAUCUGUGGCGCCUUGAGCAAUGGCUGCAAUUUGCCGAAGGCACUCAGAGACUCCAAUCGUCUCCACCGUCCAACAUCAAUGAACUGGAAGAUGUGAUUCAGGAUCACCGGGAAUUCCUCCUGGAUCUCAAUAGUCACAAGAGUAUUGUGGCAUCGCUGAAUGUGGUUGGUGAUCAUCUGGCCACGCACACUCUGGACACUGAACGGGCUCAGCAGCUGCGGGAGCGUCUGGAGAGGAAUAAUCAGCGAUGGGAGAGAGUUUGUCAGAAUGCAGCCAAGUGGCAAUCUGCCCUUCAGACCACUCUGAUGGGCAACAAAGAGUUCCAUUCCAUUAUUGAUGAACUCUGCACGUGGCUGGAGGCAACAGAAUCGAAGAUUCGGGCAGCUGAACCCGUUGAUCUCACGGUAUCGCGUGAGAUGAUGACAAUUAAAUUCCGACGAUUCCGGGAUUUGAGGAGUGAAUUGGAGAGAUGUGAGCCACGGGUAGUGAGUUUGCAGGAGGCAGCUGAUCAACUUCUCAAGGCAUCGACGGAAUCUGGUGGCUCAGAAGAGGAUUCCUCAGCUGUGAUAUACACAAGUCUUAAUUCCAGACUAACGGACUUGCGGCUCCGAUUGCAAUCACUGAGACGUCUCACGGGGGUCUAUGUGGUGAAAUUGGGGGCAGUUUUGGGUGUGGAAUCUGCAGAAAUCUCCCUGAGGACCGCCUCACCGUACCAUACGCAAUCAACAAAUCAAUUGGAUGAAUUUGGAGUUCCCCUUGAAGGAGCACACUCAUCACCGCAGUUAAAUGAAGACGAGUCAAGUGGCGGAGACGAGAUCAAUACAAAUGUCUUGGCGCGCGGCUAUCGUUUCUUGGGACGUGUUCUGCGUGCUUCUCUUCCCAUUCAGGCCUUGAUGCUGCUCCUUUUGGGGGUUGUUACUCUGGUGCCCCACGCUGAGGACUACUCCUGCAUCUUCACCAAUAACUUUGCACGCAGUCUCGAACCAAUGCUGCGCUAUCCCAAUGGACCGCCACCAAUUUAAGUCUCAAAGAUUUACAAAAAAAAAAAUGGACCUUAUCCGAACUAUGUCCUACUCAAUGGUAUUUUAAGAGAUGCCUUAAAAUUUUUAUGGUCUAUACGCAAAACAAAAAAAAGAAGAAGAAAAAAGAACAACGCAAAAAAAGUGAAAAGAAUGUCUUUUUCAAUAAAAUUUACUCCUUAAGAUGAUAUUACAAUAAUUCUACAAUUUGAUUUAAGGAAAAGUAUAUAAUGAAAAUGCACAAUGCGGUUUUGUAUAAUGAACGAUGAAGACGAUAAAAAUGGUAGCUUGUAAAAAAGAAAAUGAAAGAAACAUUGUAAUAGAAGAUCAACAAAAAAAAAGAAAAUAACUAAUCUAAAUGCAAAAUAAGAAGAAAAAGUAUUCGUGAUUGCCUUGAGGAUUGCAUCAAAUAUUUGUAGAAAAAAAGAGAAACUACUUUUUUUUUUAAUUUUCUAAAAGAAAAAUGAAUGAAAUUCUAGUCUUUAGUCGAACGUGAUCAAAUGGUUCCAAAUGCAGUCAGCACAUUUUUUCUGCCGAGCAAGUGGAACGGCUCGGCAGAAGGAGAGUGAUAGAGGCUGCAUGUAAAUUUAUUUUGUGAGAUUUUCCUAUGGAAAAAAGAAUUAAUUGCACUCCGAUUCUCCCAACGGAGUGGAGUUAAUUUGAAGUUUUUCAGAGAGAUUUUUUACUUUUUCAACACCAAAUAUAUGGUGCAAUCUCAUUCAACGGUGUACUUUACUGUAAUCAGAAACGCUUAAAGGUGUGGUAAUAUAUUAAUUCAUUAUAUGAUGAUGAAUAAAAGCGACAUUAACAUUAAAAUAAAA